AUGUGGAGCAAAGGCGAGUCUGAAGGGCUCCAGACUUUAGGAAUUGUGGUGGUGAUUUGCUCCUCUCUGAAACUUUUGCACUACCUUGGACUAAUUGACUUGUCAGAUGGUAAGAGACCCUGCAAAGUUCUACCAGCUUGUAUACUUUUAUGUAUAUUUUUUAAAAAAAGAACUAUAGUAGCAAUCUGAAAGAAAUCAUAAUUUAAAGCACCUUUCUCCUUUAUAACUACGUACUGCUUUUUCUCUCCUGCUUGAUUCAGCAGUGUGGAAAUUUUGCUUUGUUUUGCUUCUAGCUUCCGGAAUUCCAGUUGAGGGGUAUUUUUACAUUUUGUUCUUGAAUUACAAAGCUAGUCUCCUCCUGUAAAUACUGUUUUGCCAUAAAUGUAGUUCCUGUUUGGUGGAAUAUGCCUCUCUUGGGAUAACUGGAAAUAGUCUCAUUCUUAAAACUGUUGGGUUUACUCAAUGCUUGCUGGACGGAAGUAGUUGCUGCAUAACUGCUUGAGCCUAACCACAUUUACUCGUAAGUAAGCCCCAGUCAGUGCAAUAGUGUCCUAUUAAAGUGCACAAGUGAAAUCCUUAUUAGUGUAUUUAGAUACAAACUUAAUUUUAGAAGCUUUAAAAAGCAAGUGAUAAAUGGAAAAAUAGAAACUAUACUCCAUAAACUAAGAUUUCUUUCCUUUUGUUUGAAAAAGAUUAGAGUUUGGUUUGAUAUUAUCUGGCAAUAGGAAAACAGUUCUAUUCUACAUAUUUAAAGGAAGUUUAGCAGCCAAGACUUUGUAUUUCAGGAUGUUGUCAUAAAAUUCAUUAAAAAGCUGAUAAUUUCUUGAAUCAAUUGUUUGACAUGUAAAAUGUAAAAGUAAGGUGAGUAAGCUAUCCCUCCCAGAGUUUACAAAGUCCUUUUGACAUACUGAUGAAUAAAUAUGGUCAUUUUACCUUAGCCAGAACCUGUUUGAAAUGAAGUCUGCACUAAAGGCAGUGCUUUCAUCACUGUGAGGUUUACUAAUAAUGUAUAAAGCAAGAAUCAAAUAGGAAAUGAAUGUUUGAGAUAUAUACAAACAUAUUGGCUGAGGCUGCAAUCCCACACAUGCUUACUUGGGAGUAACCCCAGUAAACUGACUGGGACUCUGCACUGUUUCAAGUUUUGUCCCUUUUGUUACUCUAGAAGAACACUGACAGCAGCACCUAAAUUAAAUCUAUUCUGAUAUUGGGCUCCUUGCAGGUAAAAAGUUGCCAUUGGUGACAAGAAAUUAAAAUGUCAGCCAAUGUUCUAUAGAUUUUUUUACAGUUAUUACAUAGCUAUAUUGCUGAUUACAUAUUAUCUGAGUCUUCCCAUUUUAAGCAUGAUUGUAGGUCAAUUUACCCUGAUAUGAAAUGAAAUCCAAUGAGAUGUCUCCCCCAAAAAAGCACCCCAGCACCAUCAAGUAACCAUCAAGGUAGAUGGUAUCAAGAAAGGGACUCACCUCAGUGUACUAUGGAGGAAAGGGAAGCAGUAUGAAAUUCUGCAGCAGCUUGCAUUUGCUGUGCCAUCCAUGUGAGUGCAAGAAUUCUUUUCUGCUUGCUCUUCGCUGUAAUUCCGACUGUGAACUUCUGCUGUUUUCAAGAAGAUAAAUCACUUGUUUUGUAUGAGCAACACGGUCCUAGAAAAAUCGAAUUGCUAUAAUCAGUUUGUGGUGGAAGCUCUAGCAUCGUACAAUAUCAGACCUUUAUAAAGUGUACUCAAAACUAUAAUAGUGUUUUAAAACCAUUUACUGGGCUGCUGUCAUUAUAAAAUCCUGGAUGAGAUGAACAUUUGGCACAAGUUUUUGUUUUGUUUUAGCUAACCUAUCAUGCAGUGGCACCGUUCAACUUCAUUCAAGUACUGCAAUGUUAUCUGUAUUAAAUCUUUGCAGUAAGCAGUGCACGCUAAUCCAGCUUCUCUCUGUGCUAAUGGACUGCAUCUCUUCUGCAGCUUUGGUUGUUAAUUGCUAGUGCCUUUUGGGCUGUAAAACUAUCCUCCUAGGACACGGCAGCUUGUUGUGUAAAAUGCUGCUAAAUAGCUUAAAGGUUCUGAAUUUAUUUUCCCUUGGGCCCAUCAAAACCCCCAACUGAAGGAACUCAGAUCCAUGUCAAUUACUCAAAACAGCACUUACCAUCUCCUGAAAUAACCUUGCUUGCUAUGAUGUCACAUGAGAAAGGAAAUUAAUCCUCUAGGCUUUGGGAGUCUUCUAGGUAUGACCACCAGCUCUUUCUUUGACCUCCUGGGGGGUAGUGAUUCUGAUGGGGAACAGGUGGCAAACUGUACAAAAAAUAAAGUUGGUUGGGUGUGGUUACUGUGGGCUUAAUCAUAAAGAGGAAUGCCACUCUCAUAUGUUUCCCUUGUGGAUAUGACUAAUUCUGAAGGGCCAAGUUAAAUGCAACACCAUACAUAAAAUCAGCAGUGGCAUAAAAUAUUUUGCAAGUGUAAACAGCAGUAAAUCUAGUGUCAAUGAGUGAUCCAAUUGGCACCUUGGUGGAGGACGGAGGGGCUUUACUGCUUUACUGCUCCAGGAUAGGACCCACACCUCUGUUAUUUUCACUGAUAAGGAAAGUUGUAAGUUAAACUUGGAAGCUUUAAUUCCAGUACAAAUAGCUGGUGCAGACUCCCCAAUUUGGAUUGGAACAAUAAAGCAUUCAAGCCCCUCUCCCACCCACCCACAACCUCAAUCUAGAUUGGGGAGGUGGGCUGUAGUUACUACUUACACUUUAAAAACCACUCAUGCAAUUCCUGUUUGUGUGACUUUUGCACAACUUAGUGGUAUUGGAUAGUUGUUGGCAUCUGUCUGUCUCAGGAUACAAUGGAGGAGGGCACCUUUGGGGUUAAAGUCAAACUUUUGGAAGGUUACAGCGCCUGCUGUGGCUGUAGAGACCAACAUGGGAGAUACGUCUUUUAUUGCAGCUGGGGCAGAUGAAGGAGUCCAGUUGUGCUACUGCUGAUGCACUUUGAUGUUUCUACUCUCUGCGCUUCUCCCAGCAGUCCUCCUCUGGUCACUGCUGUGGAAGCACGACCUGACUGUCUCCAGGCACUGUAGUCAUCUGCAAGAGAUUCCCAUAGGGCGGGGUUGAUGUUGCCAGCCUUCAUGUCACAUUUGAAGAAAUCAUUGUAACACAAAGUUGUUCUGUCAAUGGGUCUGGUGCCUGAAGCCAGCUCCCUGUAGAGUAAGUGUGGCCCUACAAAAUCCAACUAAUCCAAUAACAUGCAUAAUGUUCCUUGUAAUAUAGCAGUAAGAUGAGACUAACAGAAAAAUAGAAAGUACACAUCAAGUGUGCUAGAUUCACCAGAUGGUUUGUACAACAUUUAAAAACUAAGACUUAUAAUGCUAAAAGCAACCUUGUAUUAGAAAGGUUAUCACUGUAAAGCAAUUUUAGGUAUACGUUAUGUGGAUAAAGGGAGUUUUAUUUCAACAACAUCUGGAAGACACUAGGUUCUCCACCCCUGCUAUAGAAAAACCAACCUCAGAAAGGAUAAGCAUGGCUUCUACACUGUCUUGCCAACCUUUUAAGAAAUUCCUUAGGCAAAUUGGCUUAGUUUUUUAAAUUGUUUUUGUUAAAGAUUUCCGUGGGUUACAAAAGUACAUACCGCAUUUCUGCUUUCAAUUCUUGGAUCCUUUCUACAGAUCAGUUACGUUUGAUGUGAGACACUAAUGUUAUAGACAGUAUAAGUUUGGGGGAGAAAAGAGGUGGUGAGAGAGAGCAAGGAAAAUAGAAGGGGGGUAGUAAACUUUCAUUCUUUUACAUAUUGGCUUAGUUGACUUUGUGUUUUAAAUUUUUGUUUUGUUUUAAAUGAAUCUGCUGGUUUUUGUGUUUUUUGCUGUAUUUUGCUGCUUAUAAUGUACAUCACCUUGAGGAAAUUGUGGAGAAGGUGAUUAAUAAUAAUAAUAAUAAUAAUAAUAUCAUGCAAAUUACAAUGGUUGUUAAUAAUGACAAGCAGGAUCUGCAAUGAAGUGCUGCUGUGUAUCUUCACCCACUAGAAUAAGUGUUUCUAUCUUCAGGAAACCUGAAACAGGAGCUUUAUAGUGCUGUUCAGGCCUCUUGCAAGGUGAUUUUCUGGAAUGGAAAGGACACCCCAACCCUAAUUUUCCCCACCCCCACCAAGAUACUUACUAGAAGCAACUUAAAUCCCCCUCCUCCUCCACCCUCCAUUUUUCUUUUCUUUUGCUUUUUUCGGUUUCGUUUUAGUUGGCACAGGUAGAUUCCAAACAUACAGUGUCUCCAAUUGCUCUCAGUCAUAGACUUGCUUGACAGAAGCACACAGUCCACCUGACUUCAAGAUUCUUUGCUCCCCUGGCUCACUGGAAUUUCAACUGCCAUCAACAUUCUGUAAACUCACUGUUUCCUGUGAGGUAGCUUUUCAGUUUUUAUGUAGGUUUUCUGAACAGCCGUAGCUCAGUGGUACAGAAUCUGCCUUGCUUGCAGAAGGCUCCAGCUUCAAUGCCUGGCAUCUCAAGGUAGGGAUACAAGAGACCCAUUGUCUAAAACCCUGGACAACCACAGCCAAUCAGUGUAGGCAAUACUGAGUUAGAUGGACCAAUGGUUUGACUUGGUGUAUAAAGCAGGCUCCUAUGCUCCCACGUGUCUUUUAAUUUUCCAACUUACAUAUUUUGCAUGUCUAGGGCAUGCCACGAGUAUACAGAAACAACUAGCUUAUUUUUGGUGUGGUACCAUUUCACUCCAGAAUGCUAGACACUAAACCACCAGAGUUUGCUUUUACAGAGAAUGAUAACUAAAUGAACUUUCAUCUUUCAAAGGCGGAAUACAAGAGAUUUGCAAAAUCUGAAGAUAAACAAGGAAUGAUCUUCACCUUUAUACUCUGCCUGUGUGGUCACAUACCCUGUGCAAUAAGAUCCAUAACACUCACAUUCACAAUCAUACAGUACUCACAAUCACAACAUACAUAUUACUGAGGAGAAGAAUACUGCACUUUGCUGAGAAGCUGAAAUAUCUCAGCAAUGCAAGUUCUAGCUUGAGUUGAGUAAAGAUGACUGGAUCCCUGAACAAAACGAGUGUGCUUAUUCUGCUAAAAGGCAUCACACGGAGAGCUUCCCUUCCCCAAUCUUAAUUAAUGAUUGAUCUAAUGAACUUUUUUCUGAACAUGUUCCCUUUUGAUGUGAUAUUUCAAAGGACUUUCUGGGUGUGGUAAGUGCAUGUGGGAGUGUGUUCAGAAGAAAUGUUGAUUAUGCAAAAUGAAAAGGUAAGGAGAAGUCACCUUGUGGAGGCUUCAAAAUCAAUAUGAGAAUUGUGCCUCUGUCCUGCUGACACAAGAAAUUCAGUUUUACUGAAUUGUAGAUUGGGUUGCUAGUGAUUUAAAAUAGCAAACUGACAGUCAGAGACAUUCAGACCAAAAAAUGCAUAAUUAGACAAUCCAUUUUAUUUUAUUGUUCCUCUGAACAGCUCUGCCUGAUGAAGGCCCUCCUGUUGAGAUUGAAAAGCCUGCAAUUCUAAAGAAAUAUAAAUGAUCUCUAAUCAAAUAUAACACUUUAUAGCAUUCUAUAUACCAUCCUAUUGAGCUAAAAUGGAAUAGCGGGGACCAUUAAUGUAAUGCUGAAGGCUUAUAGAAUCAAGAAUAAUUUACUUUUUCAUUCUAUCCCAGUCUAUCAUUCUACCCAGUCCCCAUUGAAGAAGUCUAUGAACUUCCCGGAUUUGAAGAUCUAAGAUACAUGAACAGAGACUCCCCCUUCUGAAAAUCUGCCCUUUGAAACCAUUUGUAGUAGAAGAUAACCCAGGAACUCAAACACAUUUAAAGUCUGUUUGACCAAAGAUGAUAAUAGCAUGGUAGAAGUAUUCGGUGAACACCAAAGGAAGCCAAAUUUGAUUGGCUAAAUAGCAUAAAGACAUAAUUGUCUUCACUGUAGGAUCUCUUAUUGGAUGGGACUGUUUAUGUGACUAUUCCCAGGAAAAGAAGACCUAACAAUUGUAAGGAAAAAAUAGUACCAAACCAAGAUUAGAUCAAGGAACAUGAAAAGAAAGGAUUGAAAAAAGGUGAGCAUUCAAGUCUCUAUCUCUUCUUCCAUAAUCUUACCCUUUUUCAUAAGCAGGAUAUAAUUUUUCUCUUGUUGGUUCAUAUGAAGCCAUAAAAUAUUUUUGUCAGCAGACAAGAUAAAAUAGACCACACUUUUAAGCCAUGAGAUUUCUGCAGAAAAUGAGGAUUAAAUUCCAAAAUGGUGUUUUAUCCACCUGAGUAUGUAUUUGAACUUCUCUAGCAUCAUGGUUUUUCCAUCAAAGACACCAUCUUCUUACAUUUCUGUACACAUCUACAAGCCCCCUCCCCAUUUCAGUCAAAAUGAAUGAAGGAGGUUAAUGAUCCUCUUAGUGUGCAAUUCUUUAGCUCCCGAGAAGGCAUUCCAGAAGUCACAGGACAGAUUCGAUAUCUGUUUUGAAUAUCAGACAAAGUUCAGAUGUUGGAGAGGGAGAUUCAAUGUCAGAUGUUCCUACCCUGCCACCAUCAAGGGCUCCGAUGCCCUGGUCCAACAUCAGUAAGGCCAAAAAAGAUGUGUGUCAGGUGCAGUUCAUGAACCAGAAAACAGCUUGGAACUGAAGGAUCCAGAGCCAUCCUGGUACCUUGACAAAUCCCCAAGCUGGGGAGGAGGAAUUUACACUUCUCAACAUGCUUCUCAGCAUGUCCAAAUUGCUUCCUUUCAUUGAAAACUUUUUUUUUUUAACAAAAAAACCCCCAAACUACAAAAGCAGACGGAGCAACACAGUACCCAUUACUCAAGCUCAGCAGGACUUUGGCUCUGGCAGUUGAUGAAUUGCCUUUGGUUCUUCUCCCCACUUUAGGAUUUCAGCCUUAGUGAGAGCAAAGAUCCUCUUACUGGGUCUCUCUCUUAUUUAACAGGCAUCUAGGAAAUGAGUGAAUCAUUCAGAGCUCUGUACCUGGAGGAAGGAGCAUGAGCCCCUUUCAUCUAUCGAGGAUAUGUCUGGGGUCUGCCAGAUCUGCUUUAUGAGCUUGGCUCUUGUUCUGCUUUCUUACUGGAGCCCCCAUCAAUCACUGGGAUAGCUUUACAGUGCUGAUGCAUUUCAUUUCUCCUAAAUAUAGAGUGAUCUGGUUCAAAUAUGAUGUGCAUUCUUGGAUAGUUGUCAGCAUUGAUUAAAUAAUGCCACAACAACGAAGGUCUCCUAUUCUUAUAUAGGUGUCUUCAAGUUUUACUUUUCGAAAAGGAAGAAAUUCAAACAUUCAUUUUUAUCUCCAAGUGUGUUCUCCAGAAGUAAGGACGUGAGGUAAAGGACGUGUUCUCCAGAAGAAAUAAUAAUACAGAGAUCAGAUAUUUUUUUAGGAGGUCUGGAUUUUCCAUGUUCAGAAAGAAAGGAAGAAACAGCUUCUGAGGCUUAGGUACAUAGGAAUGGGAAUAGAGGAGAAUUUUAUUCAGUUGGCUUUUUAAAGCGAAUCAGCCUCAUCCACAGUUCAUGGAACACCAUUGGAUUGCAUUUUUCUGUUGUUUUGUUUGUGUGAUGCAGUCUUGGUUAAUGUGUACAAAAGUGAACAGAAAUGUGUAUUCCAUGAUGAAAGGCAUAUUUUAGGGGAAAUGCAUAGAAAAGUCUCCUAAACGUGUAUUUUUUAAGGGGAAAUGGCUGUUUUAGGGGACAGUGUACAUAUUAGAGAUUUUAAAAAAAACAAACAAACAGGAAAUGGAACUGACAUGAUUAAAUGCAUGCAGAAAUGACAUGGAAUGGAAAUAGGCUGAACCAACCAUGUCUACAUGGGAGUCUGCAUUUCACUGACUCAAACCAUUGGUGCACCUAGUUCAGUGUUGUCUCCAUAUACUGGCAGCAGCUCUCUGUCCUUUCAGACAAAGGGUUCUUUUCCAGCUCUAUCUGAAGAUGCCACGGAUUGGACCUGGAAUCUCUUGCAUACAAGUCAUAUGCUCUACCACUGAGUUGUAGUCCUCCCCUAGUUAAUUUGAGUCCAAGCUCAUUUGACUGGCUAGUCCCACUGUACAAGUGGAAAUCCUUGCACUGAUGGGACACAUUAGUUUGAAACUACACACUGUCUAUGAUCCAAAGAUCCCUGUGUGCAAACAGAGAGUCCAUCGGUGGGCGCACCAGAGCUUUUCAGGUUCCAGUUCCUUCUGCAACUCUAUUGAACCCUCCCUGCCAACUUGCUCCUGGACGUUUGGAGUGACUCUCCAGAGAAGAAUGUGAUAGGUGUGUUUCCAGGGGAAAUCAAUGACACAGGCACACACACCACUAAGCUUUUGCACAGGAACCUUUAGAUUCAAGUUACUAUGUUCAAAUGAAUAUAUACUACAUAUAGCGUAGAACUAUAUGUAGAGAAAAUUUAAUAUGUAUUGGUGUCAAGUCACCACAAGUUGUCCACACACAGCUGGGUUUAUGAAUGGAUUAUGGAUGGGGCUUUAGUUUAAUUGUAAAUCUCAACACAGCUCAUUUAGACAUUAAGGAUAGAAGCAAACAACAAUUUUAUUGUCUUUACAUAAGGAAUGAAUCUCACAAAUGUACUGACAGUUUACAAAAGAUGUUAUAGUUUGUCCACGUUAAAUUUUCAGAUAUAUAUUUUUUAGGAUUUCAUUUUCAAUGAAAACAUUUUUAAUUAAACUAGAUAUUUCUCCAAUAUUAAUGAAACUUAAACUUUAGUUAUAAUGUAGUGCAAGUAAGUUGUAACUUAGUUUAAACUUUGGGCUAUUGAACAGUAGAUCACUGAACUUUUCCCCCUUCCAGAAGUCAAGUUUGCUGAUUCAUUUGUGGAGAUGGUUAUUGAUCAGCAGCCAGAAUACCCUGCCUUUGUGCAUUGCCAAGACCCUUCUUUGCCCAGAAACAGGGCUGGCACAAGACAUUUUGCUGCCUGAGGCACAACAGCAAAUGCCAUCUCCACUUCCCUCCCCACCCCGCAAAAAAGGCAAGGUGCAUGUUGUCCAAGGUUGGCCGAUUAAUUUUGACCUCUGAGGCAGAAAAUCCUAUAAGCAUCUAUAUACAACAACAAUAAAUUAAAUAACUAACAUUUUGCUGCCAUUUCUGCCUGAGGCAGCUGCCUCACUCUGCCUCAUGGUAGGGCCAGCCUUCCAAUAUGUUUGUUUUCAAUCAUCCUCUCAUUUUCUAAUUAUCCAGAGGUUUUUCUUACUGAUGAUAUCUUACAGAUUAACAGAGAAUAGUCUAAAGGCCCAUGGCACAUUUCUACUGAUUUAACCAAGCACAUUUGGCCAUGUAAACUGAUUAUAUGAGCAACUGCCUGUAAAAGCUGCUCUGAGCUCCUUGUGGGAAAAGCAGGGAAUAAGUCUAGUAAAUAAAUGUGAACAGACUGUGUUCAGAAAGUGCCUGUGAAAAAUUGGCAGGCUUCUGCACACACUUGGGCAUUUGCUACUUCCCAUUCAGUAGUUUUGUAUUUUGCAUGCUCUUCUUGAUUUUCCUAGCCUAUUCACUUCCCCUGGUGCUCAAACCAUCAAUUCAGAUUAGCUGCUGGCAGCUCCUGAUGGCAAAGACAGGCUUUCCUUUCUGCAUUAGCUAUAAUAAGGUGAGCUACAGAAUGAUGGUGUGGAUUAGUUGCAGAAUCCCAAGCGUGGGAUGUGGUUUCGUCAUUUCUAGUAUUUAUUUUUCAGUUAAUUUAAAGCAGCCUUUUGGAGGGCACUUAUUGUACAUUGGUAUUAUUCACAUAUUGCAUAUUGGUAUUUUCUUGGUCUGUUUAUGUCCACUUCUGAAAUGCAGUCCUCUGGUGUUCAGUUUAUUGAAAGUCUUAACAGCUGGCUUUGGAGUCAUUAACGUCUAGUUAUGAACAUGCUGCACAGAAAAUGUUAGCUUUGUGUUAUGCUUUUAUGUGGUUCCAAAGCACACUGCUGUUAAAGUGGCUAUUAAGAAAUGCUAUGUUAACGGCAGACAAAAUGCAAAAGCUAUACCCCUGUAGUUUCUACCAGUUAUUUACCUUGCUGUGUUGUCUUUUUCAAUAUAUAUUUGAGACAGUCAUGGUCAAUUAAGUAACUAGCAUUUUCUUAAGGGAGAGGAAAAAAUAUUAUUGCAUCAUCUCUAUCAUCGACUUCUAUCUUUAUAUAGUCCUGGCAUAUUAGAGAACAUAGAGGUGAUAUGGUCCCUGUCUCCUUUCAGUCUUGGUUUUGGUGUGGUAGCAUGAUAAUUAAGAUGAUUUAUUAAAUUUCUUACCCAUGAGAUCCUAGAGUGAUCUGCACCAGGGAAGGAGAACCUCCAGUGAUAUGCCUAUAAUUCAGCCCAGUACAGAUCCCAAAUAGUUGUGUAAGGCCAUUUCCCCUAAACCACAGCCACCUGUGCACACCUGACACUUGUGACAUCAGGUGUGGGUCAACUAAGGACACAGCUACAAAGGAACAUCUGGGAGCUUAAAUUGAGGUCCCAAUUGUUCCUUUAUAAGUGGGUCUUGCUGUCAGUACCAAUCCGCUAAUUGAUGCAGACAGCGAGUCCCACCAAGCUGGAGUCCCCCUAAUGUAGCAAUGGGCUUCUCUGUCAGCGCCAAUUUGUGCAGAAUCUACACAAAUGAAGCUGAGAUUAAGGGAGCCUAGCACAUGUGGCACUGCUGCAUUUCCAGUGGCAUCCUUCUUGUAGUAGAGCCACACAUCCUCAUGAAGCCACUUACCAUUGCAGCUCCCUCAGAACCUCCUUCCAGGACACUAUAGCAUUACAUGACAUGUGCUGCUCAACAGGGUAAUGUAAGCCAGUUUGCAUGUUCCUAGUCUGCUAUGCAAGGGCUUGGACGACACACUAGAGCAGCAUUGCUAACAGCCAGGUCCAACACCAAGGCUACUUCCUUGUGCCCAAUUCACUGAAGCAUGCCUGGGCCUAGGCCAUGGAUGGGGAACCUGUGGUGUACCCUACCUCUCAACCAUCUGGGAUGGAAGGCAGUGGUUAGGGAUGUGACCAAGCAAGCUAAACAAAGCCCCCACAAGUGUUACAAUCUCCCUAGGGGUUUUAAUAAACCUCUUCCCUGGAACUGCUUUCAAACUCCUGACUGGUCCCAACACGUACCUGAGCUGGAGAGAGGCAAGUGAAUAAAAAAUCAUGUAGGCCAACUCAUGCUGGGAAAUCAUUUCUCCCCUUAUGCUUCUAAAAACUUUUCAUCUCAUUCUAGUGUUUCUGGCCUAAGAUUCUUUUUCCCACCCAUCUUUUUCUUUUCUCGUUUUUUUGUGAUAUGUCAAACAAUUUUUGACACAAUAUUUCAUUACAAGUUCUUUAAUCCACUUCCCGCAAGCCAAUUAGUUGAAGUAGUCUAAUUGGUUUCUCAUUAAAUAAAAAAGAGCUCCUUCUGCUAAUAAUUUAUUCAGACUUGUAAAUCCAAAGCUGCUUUUAUGCUCUUUCCUGUCCUCCAAGGAUAUCAUGAUCCCAUAGCUCUCUUAACAAUGAAUGCCUGUCAUCAUAAGGGGCUAUCCAGCUAUGUGGGCUAGAGCUCUCAUUGAUUAGCUUUGGGCCUCCUGGAAUGGAAUAUGAGUCUCUAUAGAUUGCACGUGCACACACACACACCACUCUGGCUCUUUACCUAUUUCUUCUGUCAAGGAUAUAUAAAUCUGAACUUCUACUAGGAAAAACUUCAUUCCUGUAAUAAUCUCCUGGCUUCAUUUUGAAUAGGAAUGGGACUGAGCAGUUGGAAUUCACUUGGCCUAUGAUGAAAACGAUCUCCCCUCAAGAAUCUCAGUCAGAGCUGAUGCCUGACAGCUACCAACACGUGAAGACUGCUUUCAUUAAGGGAUGAGAACCCACCCCCCCGAAUUCUUGGACUGCAACUCCUAUUAUCCCUGUCUGUUGGCCUGUUAACUGAGGCUGAUAGAAGUUGGAGUCCUACAAUGUCUGAAGGGCCGCAGGUUCCCCUUUACCUAAGUGCUCAGUGUCACUCUCUUGCUUUAGAGCAGGGAUGGAGAUCCUGCUGACCUAUGGUCAGCUUCAGGCCCGGCUGAUGGGAGCUCAGCAACAUUUGGUGGGCCAUGGGCUCCCAUCCCUGGCAGGUUAUUUCCCCUGGGAGCUGCUCCUGGGUCAGCAGACGAUAAGAGUGAGGGAAUGCUGUAUGGAUAAUCCUGGUUCAAUAUGAAGGCAGUUGAUUCCUGUACUAGUUUUGAGUGUGCCUUUGUUUGGAGACACUCUUAUAAGCUGCUUUGAAGGUUUACUGGGGCUGCAAAAUGGAAUCUUCAAAGUAAAUAAGCACAUUCUCGUUUGUAUUAUAUCUUCCAUUGCUGUUCUGAUUUUCCCACUGUUGCUACAGUCCUCAAGUCAUUUGCUUCAAAGACCUCCCACUGAGGUCAGUGAGAGGUUAGUUUGGAAUGAACAGUUGGAGGAUUGUGACUCCACUACACCAGAUUCUUCCCCUUGGCCAGAACUGUGCAAACUAGUAUACGGAGACAGUAAUCUGAUAUGCUGUUUUAACUUCUCGGGCUGCCUUUAUUUCACAUUUCAAUAGCCGCAGGCUUUAAUAGCCUAUUGAUUUCCAUGGCACAUAUAUGAAGGCCAUAUUCUUGAUCUCUUAAUCUCUGAGGGAUAAGCACUUUCUUACCAUUACACUCAAAGUAUUAGUAGUUAGAAUUACUUCAUUGCUGCAUGGUAUAACUAUAAUAAUUUCCUGUCUGUAUUAAACUUUAAAAAUAUACACAUUGCUUUGCAGAUCAAGUGCCCCUGCCUGGUGGCUGGUUUUGCAUUCACUUUAUAAUCCCCAGCUGUGGAUAUAUUCUCCUGCCAAGGAUUUUGUGUGCUUGUGUGUAUGUCUGUGUGCGUUGCAGAUAUGGCUAUAGAGAUUGAUAAUUGGCAACACUAGAAACCUCCUUUGAACUGAUGUACCAAUGUGAGGGACAAACCACACAACCAGAGCUUGUCACCUCUCACACCUGGCCGAUGCACAACCAAUAGCUGACACUGUGAGUGCAUUUACACAGGUGUCCUCCCCCCCCCCCCGGAAGCAAAUAACACAGAAAUGAGCAUUAAACUUGCACUAUAUUCUUCUGUAUUUCUGGAAAUGGCCUCCACAUUGAGUGAAAGUUCAGAUAUAAUGCAAAAAUCAGAAGUUAGAGAAAUGUCAGGAAAACAGAAUAAACUGCCAUGUGAAUGCAUUCCAUAUUAUCCUCCAGGUUAGGAACUGGCAAAGCUAGAGGAUUUCCUGCAACUCACCACUGGAGGCAACAGAUACUGCUUCUAGGCUCUACCCUCAAAUCAAAGUGAGCCUGGGCAGGCCGGGUCGUCCUCUUAUAUACCUGCAGAUAGAGACAAGGCAUCUGACCCUCACCUGAAUCUCAUAGCUCUGCUGUAGCUGCCUCUGAUUAGUUACCAUUUAACUCUUGGGGAAAAUAAUUAGCAUCACAUGUCAUGUGCAUGGAGGUUGCCAAACCAAUUAACCAACUAGAAGGAUUACUGUUAAUAACACCAGUUUUCCUAUAACUUGAUAUUGCUGGAUAGUUUUGAUGAACUGCAAAAGCAUUUUUAGUUUGCUUUCUGUUGCCACUCUGGAACUUUUCUUUAUUAGUGCCACUUUGUCCUCAGUGCACGUGGGCUAAAAGAUAAAUGAAAAAGAUAAAUGAAAUGUGGAUAAUUACUGAUUUUUUCUCCCACAAGAUGAUGCGAUAGCCACCAAUUUGCAUGGCUUUAAAAGAGGAUUAGAUAAAUUUGUGGAGGAUAAGACUAUCAAUGGCAACAAGUAACAAUGGCUACCUCUACCUCCACUGUUGGAUGUGAUAUGCCUUUGAAUACUGUUAAGUUGUGGGUGAACAUAUCAGACAACACAGCGAUUCUUCAAAUAGCUCUUGUUUAUUCACAGGCCAGGACAGAACUGAACUGAAGGGUUCAGUUAGCCUGCUUAUAUAGAGCUCCAGUACAACGUUACUGUAACAACUUUCUAAAACUAUCCAAUCACUGAACGUCACUUUCGAUGCCUUAUUUGCAUAACUAUCUACAGUAUCCCCCUGCUGGCCCAGGGUGAGAACUUCAGUACAUAACAAAUACCAGUUGCUGGAAUUCGCAAGUGAGGAGCUUGCUGUUGUCCUCCUGGGAUUCCCAUAGGCAUCUGUUUGGCCACUGUGAGAACAGAAUGCUGAACUGGAUGGUCCUGUGAUCCAGCAAGGCUUUUCUUCAGUUCUUAUGAAAGCCUUCAUAUGGAAAGACAGCAGCCAAGGAGGAGCUCUGAUACCACUUCAUAGCGAUCACCAACCCUACUGCCGAAGUAAAAAGUCAGUGUUGCUCAUGCUCGCUCAUUGAUGAGGUCAAGCACUGCUGCUGCUUUAAAAUCCCAUGUCCUCUAAAUUUUCAUGUACAUCACAGUAACACAAGAGCUGAUAUGUACCAAGUCAGACCACUUAGCUCAGCAGCUCUCCAAGGUUUCAGACCCAAGUCCUAUACAGGACCUUCUGCAUGCCAAACAGGUGCUCUGCCACUGAACUACAAUCCUCCGCAGGAGAAGUGUAUCAGGGGGCUGAUGGUGCCACAGGCAAAAUUGUAAGUGACAUGCAAGGCUAGGUUUCAUCAAGUGGCACUAGUAAAGGUGUUGUAGUUAGGAAUCCAUUCCUCAACUGCUAAUAUUUUGGUGGUGCUUAUACUUUUGAGCACUGGUUUCAGGCUGAUGUUUUAUGAGAGAGAGAGAGAGAGAGAGAGAGAGAGAGAAAUUGCCCCAGGGACUGAGAAAGAGGGGGAAUAGGGAGGUCAGCCAGUCAUUCUGUUGCCCUGUUGGGGGCAUGUGGAUGAUGUGAGAGCACAAGUGCAUCCUAUAUUCUUCAACUGAAAUAAAAAUUUAGCUUGUGGAACCUAAAAGCCAGUCUCUUGUUUAUAUGUAUUGGAACUAUUACUGUUACCACCUGCAGGCAAAGAAAUUUCGCAAACCCCUGGCCACAGCGUGCCAAUUACUGCUCCCUGUACAUCACUCUAUUCAGGACCUCUUGAACAAUGGGGAAUGAAUCCCAAUCUCGCUAUCAGUAUUGCAGUGGGGUUUUCUAAAUGCUGCAGCCCAGCUAGUCUCAAGAGCAGGAAAAUAUUAGCUGAACAAGACCCACUGGGUUGAGAGUCUGGAGAAGAGGUCAGGUCACUUGCUUUUCUGCCUUUGCCUCGACAUUCCCAUAAACCUUAAAGCUGUCUUCUGUGUCUGGCAGUGUGAAUGUGACAAAUAGUGAGAUGAAAGUCUCGUAUCAUAGACAAGCAAUUCCUCUCUAAGCUAAAUCACAUUGACAGUUGUUCCCCUAUGUUGACAGUGUGAUCUUGCACAUAUCUACUCAGAAAUAAGCCCUGCUGUUUUUAAUGGAACUUAACCCAAUAGUAUUGCAGUAUGAGGGUAUCCAGUCAUUUCCACAUACAGCAACCUUUUGCUGUCUAAUAGGACAUCAAUGAACUUCCACAGUACUUUGAUGUGAUCUUCCCAGUUCUCUUGAUCAACCAUGUAACUGGUACCCAUGAAGCUAUAGCAUCCUAGCCAGACAGGUAUGGUCUGCAAUGAUCAUGUUUGGAGUAGUGAGUCAUCAUGCCUUGCAUACUCAGGGCUGCUUCGUACAUAGGCAAUCCUCAAUUGAAUGGCAACAUCAAACAAAAAUAGAAUAUGUAGAAGUAUGUAUUGUGGACUAAUUUUGUACUCAUUGAGGGACUAUUACUUUAGUGUAGAACAGCGUGAAGGCAAUUUAGAGUUGAUUUUGUUAAUGUAUUAGUGAUUACCAAUUCCUGAUCUAAAGAGCUCUUAUGUACAGCCAUACCUCAUGUUACAUUUGCUUCAUGUUAUGUUUUUUCAGGUUGUGUCCCACGGCGACCCGGAAGUACCGGAAAGGGUUACUUCCGGGUUUCACUGCUCACGCAUGCGCAGUGGCGCAAAAAUCACGCUUUGUGCGUGCGCACAAGUGCCAAAUCACGUCAUUCACCUGCGUAGAUAAGGCGCUUCAGGUUGUGGGCUUUUCACGUUGCGAACUGGCCUCCAGAACAGAUCCUGUUCACAACCAGAGGUACCACUGUAUUUCUUAUGAGCAGUUUGAGUGUAGGUGUAGACUGGGUGCAACCUUCUCUACCCCUGUGGCAACGUCAUAAGAGAAUCAGUAACUGAGGGUCUAGCUACAUUUUAUGCUUAAUGCUUCAUAUGCAGAUACACCUCAUGUUUUUCUUAAAUUAAUUACAGCUGUGCAACAUGUGGGAAGGGAAAGGCUCCCUCCCCAUGCUAUGACCCCCCGCAAAAAAACGAAACCUCCUCCAUCAGUGGUAACCUUGUAGCUGCAUAGGGGCAGUGGUUGUGGGGGGUGGGAUAAAUCUCCCCCCCCCCCUGCAAUCCUGAAAGCAAUCUCUUCACAGGUGUAAUUAAUUCACGAGAGAGAGAGAGAGAGAGAGAGAGAGAGAGAGAGCUGUAGCUGCAUGCUGUGCAAUAAGCAUGUGACAUGUAAUUUGACCCUCACAAAUCCUUUCCUUUGUCAUGCAUAUGUUGACCUUUCAGGAACCCUUUUUAGGCCUUGAGUGGUGGAUUCAUUUGCACCCUAGUUGGUACCUUAGCACCAGAGGAAAUGUAGUAUGAAAAAUAGGCACAGCACAUCCUGCAAUCACUUUGGUGUUUGUGAAUAUCAAAGCCUUGAUAACCUUUUUAAGUCAAUUCCAGCUGUAUGUAGUUUUUAAGGAAUAAACAUCCUUUAACGGAAUAAAACUCUGUGCAGAUGUUUUUUGAAUGCAUCAUGAAUGCCUGAAUGUUUGUGAAGAAUUUCCUGUGCAGCGGGGGGAACCCAGCAAUUUGGCACCAAUGUCUCUACAGGGAUAUUUAUUGGGCUGAAACAUUGAGUUCUCUUUAGCAAUAAAUUCCUUGGGGUGAGGAAGACACUGCAAUCAUUCUUGUGAUUGAAGGAUUUUCCUUCCAAACUCAAGGCCAUGACCAAUAGUUCUGCAUUUCCUCAAGCCCUUCCUCCCACCACCUUCAGCAAAAAAUACCAUGGGACAUGAAACUCCACAAUCAUUUCUUGACUGAAGCCAAAGUUGGUCUUAUGUGAAUAGUUUGCACAGAUUCUAAGUACCUAUGAAAAAAAAUCUUCAAUUGGAAUUUUUUAAAAAAAGAAAUAUUAGUAUCAUGAGACCUCUAAUCAUGUUUGUACAAAACACUAUGAAUUCCACUUUAAACAGUAUUGUUAUGAGUUGGGGGGGGGAGUAUUUGAGAUCUUUCUCACUUCUGGAUCAAGCAAGGGUUAAGAUAUAAGCCAAGCUAGCUUCCUCUGUUAAGGAUUGGUGAUGAGCCUGGGUGAUGAGCCAUUAAGAGAACAAAGGAAAGGAAAAUGUGUUCUUUGCAAGAUGACAGAUGGGUGAGGACCCUCCGUCAACUCAAGGGUAGUGAGAACGACAAAGCCUGAGUUGAGAGUUUGUAAUGAUGUGACCUAGAACUAAGGAAGCAGCAAGUUGGACAGAGGGGCAGAGAGCAAUGUUAAAUUUCUUUUUGAAUCCAAGGCUGCUGCUAUGAGAGAAACAAUGCUUUUUGGGGGUGUUAAUGCUGUAAACCCCUCCAUCAUAGGCUCAGGUUGUAUAUAUGUAUAAAUAAGCCAUAUGUCCUAAAGACACCACACACUCUGCUGUGCCUUAUUCCAAAAGGAAACAUGAACCCUGAGUAAGUGCCUGGAGCCCCUGGAAUCAGAGAUUGAGGUGGCAUGCUACAGUAUAUAGGUUUUUAUAGGUGUUGGGCAGGAAUAUGAAGGCAUUUACUUUGAGUGUAUUUAACGAAGAGCUGAAGUACUGACUGAGGUGGUGAAACCAUCAACCACUUUUCGAAUGCUUUGACAAGUUAGUGUCAAAGAGUGAGAGUGCAGUUUACUGCUUUCUUGGGGAUUACUUUGAUAUGUACGGUUAGGCCAGGAGGUUGUAAGACAAUUAAGUAGUCUGUAUUUUUUACUAGCUUAAUCAAUAAACCUCAAGUUUUAUGAAAUGCUAGCUUAUUCUGUACAACUGUAGUCCUCCCCCAAGCCUUUAUCCAUUUAGAGUUAUAUUACUCCAGCGAAGGAGUAUGUAUAACUUAAUUCAGGAGAAAAGUGUGGACUUUUAUGCAGUUACAAUUAACAAUCCAACUGGCAGUGUCUUUUUGUCUUAGGAACAGUCAUGUCAGGAGUAGCCACUCUGAGCACUGAUCAGCUUUGCUAACUGAUUUAAUGACUACCCAUGGCACCAUCCUUUUCAGUCUUUGCCAAUGGGAGGAACAGCACAUUUUAAACUUAUGGUUUGUAAAUAGAACAAGGGGACGUGUCUGGAACUUGAUGAACCAGGAUGAUAAGUGCCCAAAAGCACAGCUGGUUUGGAGCAAACACUUAACAAGUCAUUGAUCAAACCAUAAUACUAGAGGAGACUUUAUAAUGCACUUUAUUGUACAGUACUGCAUAGAUUUUGCCAAAAACUAUAAACAGAGGCUACUGUGUUUCAAAUUCAAGAGUGCUACAAAGUCAGUUAUAAGGUAUGAUUGAAUGAUUUGUUUAAACUUUCUGAUCAUGCCCUCUUUGCAAUAAAACCACUAUUUCAAGCAAGUAUACUAUAGAACUGUAAGUAAACUAAGCGGCUUAGGCGGAUUAUAGGGGAAUCCCCACUUUGAUGGGGAUUCUGUACCUGGACACGUGAAAGUGGGGAUUCCCCUGUUCCACUCCUGCCCAGUUCUGCCCCCGCCCCAUUUCAGCACCAAAAAUGGAGCAUGUGUUGAUUGCACACAGGUGGGGAGAUACCUGUACAUCUGUUUCAGCCCAGGUUUGCAUCAGAAGUCUUGAGGGUUGGAGUAGAAUGAGAAAGAAGCAAGAAUUAUUCACCCCAAGGGUAAAACCAAAUGCACACAUGAUUAAAAUGAUUAAAAAAUAAAUACCCUGAAAUAAACCAGGACAUUUUUCAAAUAGUUUUGUAGCUCGUGUAAUUUUCUGGCAUUAAGGCAAAACAGCGCAUUUCCCCUCUCUGGCUUUUACCUUUUUGUUCCCUUGGGAUACUGAAUAUUCUGUGCAGCUCUACUUGACUGAUACAUUUAAUCAAAAUUUAUACAGAUGAAAAAUGAAAGGCAUGAACAAAAUAAAUUCUAAAUGCAAACGAAGACUAACAGGCUCUUCUCAGAUACAUUGGAAGACUUAGUUAUGUGCAGUCUGCAGUCUGUAAGAUAUUUGAGACCAAACAGCUUAAAUUCUGGCUUGAUGAAUUUUGCGUUACGCGGUAAUUGCAAAAUGCUAAACUGGUUUUUCUCUUCUUCUUUAUGAAUUUCAGUGCAAUAAACAUUUUUGCUAAGACUAACUUAUAUGAAACAUGGAGAUAUAAUACUAUGGGGGUUGUGGGAUGUACUCUAGAUACACCAUAAUGACACAACAAACAUCUUGCUAACAGCAAGGGAUGCAUGAAAUGUGUUCCUUUACUUCUCUGGAGCUUUCUACUUUUCUGCCAUACAGUCUUGGAUAUCUGUCGGAAUUCCGUGGAAUGUAUUGGAUAAACUUGCUUUUAGGAACUGUGCACAUUAAUUGGAUAAGCAUUCAAAUUAGAUGUUGCCUUUUGCAUUCAAUAAGAUAGAUGUGAAUUCCCAUUUUUUAACAGCCAGAUACCAUGCACAAAGCUUUGUGCAUCCAGUCCCCUUCCUCCUUCCCCCUACAAAGGAAACUAAACCAAAUUGGAUUGAACAGAAUGUGGUUUGGGGGGAGAAUAGGCCAUACCAGUGGAACUAUGAUUUCUGGUUUGGGAAUCAAAGCUGCCAAAUUACUAUAGUAUCUUUAACACACUACUUAAACAAAGCAAGGUCACUCUUUUUCUCAAUUCACGUUGAAUAUGGUUUGGGGGGAAAUCCAUUAGAAUACAGUGGUGCCUCGCAAGAUGAAAUUAAUUCGUUCCGUGAAUUUUUUCAUCUAGUGAAUUUUUCGUCUUGUGAAGCACGAAAUCCCAUAGGAAUGCAUUGAAAAUCAAUUAAUGCAUUCCUAUGGUCAAAAAAAGUCCAAACAAAGCCAAAUUUGGUACAACAAGAGUUUAUUAAGUGCUCUUUAAAGUCACACAUACUGUAAAGAGCAUUUCAAAAUUCAAACCCAGAAUUUUUUUAAAAAAACAGCAGAGUUGCCCAAUGGUCACAGAAAAUCAUAAAAAUGCAGAGAAAAAAAACAAGCUUCCAGAUUCUUGCAAACCCUUCCCCAACUGUUCCCCCAGCCACCCAGCACACAGAAAUUCAAAUCCAGAAAUUCUUUUUAAAAACAGCAGAGUAGCCCAGUGGUCACAGAAAAUCAUAAAAAUGCAGAAAAAAAAACAAGCUUCCAGAUUCUUGCAAACCCCUCCCCAACACCAAGUCCUUGAAUUCCAAACACCCCAACCCAAAAUCCAACCCCCCCAAAAAAAGUUUUAAAAGCUUAACUUACCAAAUGGCUCCAAAAGAAGUUUUGGAAAAGCUUCAAAAAUCACCAAAGUCUUUAAAAACCUCAAAAAAGGCUACUAUGUACACUGCGUUCUAUGAGUUGCUCCUCGAAGUCAAGUCGCAACUGUAUUAACGGUGUUAAGAAAAAGGAAACAAACAUGCAAGACAUUUUCGUCUUGCAAAGCAAGCCCAUAGGGAAAUUCGUCUUGCGAAGCAGCUCAAAAAACGGAAAACCCUUUCAUCUAGCGAGUUUUCCGUCUUGCGAGGCAUUCGUCUUGCGGGGCACCACUGUACAGUAUUUCAUCAGAAACAACAGGAUAGAUACAGGAUACAUAUGGAUUGUGACUAAUGUCUACACACUGCUUCCCAAGCCAGCAAUGGGUGUGCAGGUUUAAUUUAAAUGGAAGUAAUGUUCAGGAGGCCUCUCGGAAGUGGUUGUAAAAGGCAAAUUUAUACAAGCUGCUUUUAUUUUUCCAGUGUAAUGCAUAAUCGGAACAAUCAGUGGAUACUUUUGUAUUCAUGAACACACACACAACGAUUCAGCAUGCAGUAGCCAGAGUUGCAAUUGUUAUAUGCACUGCCCCAUCAGAUAGUCUGCAAUAGUGUCAAAGAGCUGCUUGGGGCAGGGGAGGAGUGAGCACAGGCCAAAUUAGCAUCAUUACCAGGGUGGAAGUGGGGUAUAUGUUUGGAGCAGGAGAGGAUACUGAUGCACAGCACCUAUUUGUGCAUGCAGUUCCUUAUCAAGCUAGGGAUAUAUUCUGAGAGGCCUCCAAAGGAUUGAAACAACCACUGCAAAAAUGUAUGAUUACAAUCUUCUGUCUUUGUGUUGAUAAUAGCAUUGAAUGUUGGAACAGAGGGUUGGCACUGCCAAGAUUACAGGGUGAUUAAGGGAUUGAAGGACUGGAGAGAAGGGAAAGCACCAAAAGUCGGUGUGUCAUAUUGUGAAACUACAACCCUAGAUAGAUUAUUAGGAAUUAAGCUUUCUGAACUCAGCUGACCUUUGACCCUUCUAAGAGUUGUUGGUUUGGGUAGUAUGUUUAUGAUUUGUGUGAUUUAUCCCCAAAUUAAACUUACCUGCGCAAACUACUUCUGAGUCAGGAAUUUGCUGUUACUGCCUUGUUAUGACUAGGUAGUCAUGGAGGCAGGAGAAAUGGACCUCUGUAAUUCAUAAAGUUUAUUUUAAAAGCUGACAAAAUUAUCUCAAUUUGAUGGCCUAUAUUUCACAAUAAUUCCAUCUUGUUGAGGCAUUGUUUACUUUUUGAUGCUUUUGCAAGCACUAUUCCUGCUAUUGUAAGUGGGCUGUAUCCAGUGUUAGUCAUCAUCAAAACAGCUCCAUUGAAAUUACUAGAGAUGACUAAGUUAGGUUCCAUUGAUUGCAGUGGUUUUAGUUGGUUACAACCCAGUAUGUUUAAGGCUGCCAUUUCCUUUUCCAAUGAUGCACAGUCUUGAACUACAUGAAUUUAAGAGGCAUGCCAGUGGUUCUAUUUUAAGUUGAAAUAUUCCAUUAAUUAUUUCCAACACCAUCCUUCAAUAUCUAACUGUACUUUUAAAUUUUCGUUUCUCUUUGACCUCACUGCUUACAUUCCCAGGGAGUAUACAUGUCACCUGCCAACUGAGUAUACAACUUCAUGCAUCUGAUGAAAUAUACUCCAGUCCAUAAAAUCCUGUACCAUAAUAAAUGUGUCAGUUUUCAAAGUGCCACAAGAGACAUAGUGCAGCAUUUGGUCAACUUGGACUAACAUAGCUUUCAACACCUUUUUUCCUCCUUCCUCUCCUACCAGUGAGUAAUUUCCACGACUUUCAAUGCUGUUAGUAGGUAAAUUGUGCAAUCCCAUAGUUAUGUUUUAUAUUCUCAUUAUAAAUGCUCAGGCCAAGCUGUUUGUGUUCUAGGUACCGCAGAGAUGUGUGUGACCAAAGGUCUACUUUUGGCUUAGCCCUACUCCUGUGCAGUUUAGUACCAAAUAAAUGUAUCCAUUAAUUGCUUCGAUUCCAUCAACAGUCUUGCCCUCUGGCUGCAGAAACUGCAUGGCAAACAGAUAAAUCCAGUUUUGUUCAGGAAAUUUGACUAGGGGGGCUCAGAACAAUUAUAUGGUCAAUUUAAAUCAAACAUGAUUGUCUCAAACAUCAUUACCUUGCAAGGGCUUUAAAACUAAACAUUUGAGCCCUGAACUGACAGCAAGGGUCCCUGUUAGCUUAAAGGCUUGUUUAAUCUGACUAAUCUUUCUUCCUUUCAUUGUAAAUUGAGACCAAUGUAGAAGAAACAAAGAGAAAUGCUACAAAUGUCAAUGGGCACAAUCCUGCCAAAGUCAAGCACUUUUACAUUGAUUUUUGCUGGGGAGAUUCAAGCUCAAGCUUAAAUCCCCCACUGAACUCAAUCAGACUUAAAAGUGGUUAACUUUGGCUGAAUUUCCCCCAAACAUUAUUUUUCAGGGCCUGCAUGGUCACUUUGGUUCUACCAUCCCACUUUCCCUCUGUGCCUGCCUACCUGUGAGGAAAUCCCAAAGUUGUGCUAUUAAAGAAAUUCCAGCUCCGUUCUGCAUUAACAUCCUGGACCAAUACUCCCUAUUAGUUUAAUUAACCACAAGCCUAUAUAUUGUUGUUAGGGCUCCUCUGUUUGCCAUUCCUCUUUCCCCCAGAGAACCUGAUAUUUAGUGCUGCAUUGGAACAAACGGUAAAUGGGUUUUCUUCGGGGAAAAGCAGUGGGGCAAGGGCAAACCCACUUGGACCCAUGUGUUCUAGGCAGGGGGCAAGUGGAAGUGUGGAUGAGUCCUUAGUCUCUCACUACAGACAUUGCGUCUCUCUCUUUCGACUUUCUGCUGCUGACGUCUCUGGCACCUGUAUGCCAUCUAGUACCAUGCCUUUCAUUAGUUAUUUUGCCUGACCAAUAGAAAUAUGGGUUCCUGAGCAAAAUCCCUCUCAUGGAUGACAAAGAAGUAUCCUUUCCUGGCUCUGACUACUAGCUACUACUGCCACUAUCCUGUUCAUCCCUCACACCUCGGAGUAGGUAUGUUCCCCUUCCCCCAAGACUAGGAGUUAUUUUAGUUACAGAGAUGAAGGAACAGCCAGCUCACACUCUUUCCUCUCCAGGAAGCAAGGCAACUUGCUUUCCUCGCUUUCUUUGUGCUGUGUAUGCAUAUGUCUGGACCAUAAAGAAGGCUGAUCGCCAAAGAAUUGAUGCUUUUGAAUUAUGGUGCUGGAGGAGACUCUUGAGAGUCUCAUGGACUGCAAGAAGAUCAAACGCAUCCAUUCUGAAGGAAAUUAGCCCUGAGUGCUCACUGGAAGGACAGAUCGUGAAGCUGAGGCUCCAAUAUUUUGGCCACCUCAUGAGAAGAGAAGACUCCCUGGAAAAGACUCUGAUGUUGGGAAAGAUGGAGGGCACAAGGAGAAGGGGACGACAGAGGAUGAGAUGGUUGGACAGUGUUCUCGAAGCUACAAACAUGAGUCUGACCAGACUGCGGGAGGCAGUGGAGGACAGGAGGGCCUGGCAUGCUUUGGUCCAUGGGGUCACGAAGAGUCGGACACGACUAAAUGACUAAACAACAACAUGCAUAUGUAGAAACCUUUGAUACAGGUCUGUAAUGUAGCUAACUGUAGAAAGGUAAGAUUUGCAUUGGUUGCUCUGCCCACUUUUACUUCUGGCCCCACUCACUUUUGCCUUUGGCUCUGUCUGCCACUGUCAUACAGCCCUUUGAAAGUUGCCCUUAGGGAAUGUGGCCUUUGAAUGGGAAAAGUUUAUGCACCUCUGGGAUACAGGGACCAUAUUGAUAUUUCUGGAGUUCUGUUUCCAGGUCCUUGGGCACAGCCAAUCACAAGAGUUGCACCUACCUAGGGAAAUUACUUUAACAGCUCUUGUUAAGCUGUCACAGUGUUAACUACUACUUGAGUUCUUCAGUUUCUCUGAGAGACAGCAAGGUUUGCUCAGUUUGUGUGUCAGACUUGGUUGAGGGGAAACAUAGUCUCCCCACUCUGACAAGAUGGAGGACUAGUGAAGAUGGAUAUUUUACAGAGGCAUUGCUGUGAAAGGUUGGGUUACAGUCAGUUGGUCAUAUCAGUGAGCAGAAGAAGAAGAAGAAGAAGGAGAAGAAGGAGAAGAAGAAGAGUUUGGAUUUGAUAUCCCGCCUUUCACUCCCUUUAAGGAGUCUCAAAGCGGCUAACAAUCUCCUUUCCCUUCCUCCCCCACAACAAACACUCUGUGAGGUGAGUGGGGCUGAGAGACUUCAAAGAAGUGUGACCGGCCCAAGGUCACCCAGCAGCUGCAUGUGGAGGAGCGGAGACGUGAACCCGGUUCCCCAGAUUAUGAGACUAUCGCUCUUAACCACUAUCCCCAGAUUACGAGACUAUCGCUCUUAACCACUACACCACACAUUCCCUCUGAGAAGUUCCUGGGUAAUGCCCGCAUUCACUUGUUCUUGAUGCAAAUGUUGGGUCCCCUCCCAUCUGCUUUUUAUGCUACAGAUAAACCCUUUUUGUCAUCCAGUCUCUCUCCCACAUGCUUUAGUUCCUGAGUCCUUCUGUUAAUUCUUCCUGUAUUUUAUUGGAAUGAACUUAUUUCCUUCCUUGCAGCUGCAGCUCCUCACCCCACCUGCCACAUAUUUUCCUGAGUGCUACCAAACUGCUCUUUAAGCUUACUUUGUCUUUCACCAGCAAAGGCUAUCUUUUCUUUAUGAUCAUAUUCCAAGGAUAAUAAUGAUUAUGAUGCUACUCAUGUAGGCUAAAAGUGUUCAAAAGAUUUCACAUACAUUACCUUGCUACUCUUUCCUACUGAGCUGGCUACUGAUACCAUAUCUGAAUUGGGAGGAGGGUGUUUAAGGCUAAAAAACCCCAGUGGGGGGUUUAGGCUGCUGUAAUACAUUUGUGGCUGAAAUGAGUCAGGGUCUUCCCAGCUCACAGCUCCCACUUUUAGCCAUUAUUCUGUGCUACACCAUCUUUCAGUAACAAGUAACCAGCAAACUGGCAUAUCAAGUCAUCAAACUCAGUAACUUUUCUACAUCACAUUUAGUUUCUGUAUUCUCCAAUCUUGUUUUAUACUGCUCACAAAAUAAACUUCAUUUCUUAAAUGCACUUCCAAAGCACAGAUCUCAUCUCUCCUAAAUCGAGCUAGCUGACAUUUUUGCACAGACACAAAUAAGUGUAAAUGGAGAUUUACAAAAGGUAUAUAUGCUUGAGACCAGUUUCCAUGUUGCACCUUAUUUUUUCAUUCUGUUCUUCCAAAGAUGACUUAUUAUUAGGCAGUAUUCACCUAACAAACCUCAUCAGCGCACAAGAGUUUCCACUUGUGCAACGGGGCUUUCCCCUCUCUCCUCCCCGUUUGCCGCCCCCACUGGAGAAUUGUUCCAUCUGUCAAGCUGAAAUACUUGCAUAGGCUGAACAUUUAUAAUAGUGUGACACUUACUUCCAUCCAUGCUUUAUGUUCAAAUGUUAAAUUAAGUAAACUUAGCUAAUUCAAUUUUUGAUUAUGAAUUCUUUAAUGAUAAAGAAACACACAGUGCCAGUUGGGUUGGAAAGACCGGAGUAGAUGCAGUAGUAUUUUAUUUAUUAAAUUUAUAUCCUGCCCUGCCUCCCAAAGGAAUCCAGGGCAACAAAUAACAAGUGCUAAAACAAUGGAAAACAUCAUAACCAGUUCCAGUAUAGAUGUAGAUACCCCCUAGGGCCUAGGAUCAGACCAUAUCUAAGUAGGUCCCAUGCUGCUGCAUUCACUCUCAUGUUUCUCCUUUUUUCUCUAUGUAUGGAGGAGACCCUCCUGACUGAAAAGCCCAACUUCCAAUUCUUAGUUUUCUUCUCUUUUAUCAUUGUUGCAUUGUCUUGAAUGUUCUGCAGUUAAUUUACAUCAGUGUGGAGAAAAUGCAGAGCUGGUGCUGGAGAACAAAAUCCCUCAUUUGAGUGAGUUAGAGCUUAAUCCACAUGUGCUGAAUUGAAAUGCACCACUGGGAGCUCCAUCCAUAGCAGGCAAGUUGUCGUUACAUCCAUCUUUGUUCUGUCUGUCGCACAGUGAGAUAAAAUACAGACGCCUGAUCCUGGGUCAGAAAUUGACUUCAUCUUUGAAAUGCAAGUAGAAAGGUGUUCAUCAUUCCGUCCCUGUCCCCAAAAUUGCUUCAUUCACAAGAACUCUGAUAUCACAAAGAUUGCCUGCCCUUCAGUUAGGCAAUCACUUCUGAUGCCUCAGUUCAAUCCAUUAUAUUUACCAUUUGCCAUUUGCUUCCUUCAUUUUUCUGCCCAGAUGCUUAAAACAUGCUGACACAACGAAAUCCAAGGCAUUAAUAAAUCAAGAAACUCUACAUGUCUAAGGUGCUUUUCAAUGAGGUCAAACCCUUAUUAACUACAAGAGUUCUGCAGGGAAUAAGGCAUUCGUUUGCAAUGCAUUAUCUGGGCUCUUCAUAGGUAGUUCACCCUAACCUUUCCAAGAAAGUGAAAAACAAUUAAAGCUGAAUUACUUCAUUCAUAAUUCAGAGUGCUUGGGUGAGGGCUUCAUUUAUUAAGGACAUUGUGGAGAGUCUCUCAGAUCUACUUAUAAAAAUGGAUCACAGUUUGAGACCUGUGACCAGCCCUUGGUUGCAUACUCUUUUCAGGCUUCCAAGUGCUUUUCAGUUUCUGCUCCUACAGCUCUAGCACAGCCUGAAGUAAGAAGAGGUGCCCUGAGGUCUCUACUAAAACAGAAACUGUGUUGCGCCUGAUGGCUAGUUCCCAACUCCAUUCAUACAGGACUAAUCUGGACCCCCCAAAAUUAUUGUAUCUGUUCCAGGAGGAGAUGGGACCUAAUCCUAAUCUAAACCACAGAUAGGAAAGUUGUGGCCCUUCAGAUGAUGUUGGACAGUUCCCAUCUGUGUGGACCAUCGGCCAUGAUGGCUGGGACAGAUGGGAGUACUAACUAUGGAGUGUAACAUCCCCUGGCAGGUUAUAUGUUCCCCACCAUCAAAUCAAGCAAACAAACAGAGGUGUUGGUGGGUUACUGUUUCCAGCAUCCAGAUUCCACAUAGUUCAAUUACGUGGGAGGAAACUGAAUAUCCACAUGGAAUUUAUUGAAUUACUUUUUCAAUCAAUAGCUGUUAAACAUAAAUACUAAGAAUAAAAUCUCCAUGUUUAGGGACAGUAUCCUAGAGACAACAUUACAUCUUGGCUGUGGGCUUCCAAAGGAUAUCUGUCUGACUAUAGCUGGAGUCAUGCUAGACUAGCCUUCCCCAAGCUGAUGUUUUAAACUACAGCUCCCAUAAUCCCUAACCAGCAAGAAACAUGGUCAGAGAUUAUGGGAAUUGGAGCCAGACAGCUUUGGGAGGACACCAGGUUACCAGAGGCUGAGCUAGAUGGAUCUCUGGUCUGAUCUAGGCAAUAUCUAUAUUCUUAAAUAUACAUAAUGUAUAUAUCUCAGUACAAAAUGAUUAUAACCCUCAACCCAAGUCUGUACAUUUAGGUGGUAGCAAAUUUUUGAUAGUAUAACCUUUAGUAAGUAAUUGUUUUGAAUCAAUUACUUGCUGUUACUUGUACACGGCCUAGCUUCAGUGUUAAAGUGCAAUAUCUAACAAAAAUAAUGUCUUCAAAAACCUGUCAGAACUACAUAAUGGAUCUUAAGGGCCCAGCAGCUUUAUUUUCUUCAGUAGUCAGUACAUUUUCAUUAGCUGGUUCUCUGUUUCUGAAGAUCUUUCUGCUCAGGGGCAGAGUUUAGUAUCUCUAUUAGCUGUUCCUCAUCUCUUCCUUCCAGUGCUUCUUCAAAUGGUGAAAUGAGCAAGCCGCUAAGCAGAAAUUACUUCAAUAAAUGUAUUUUAUCAUUCAUGUAUAUCAACACAAAUGUGAAGAUUAAUUAGGGUUUUGCAUUAGGUGACCCUCAGCGUCCUUUCCAUCUCUACAAUUUUAUGAUUCUAUACUCAGAUCAUAUCAGCCAAUCUGGUAGGAUAAUACUAGGAAUAUAUCCAAAACAACAACAACAACAACAAAUUAUUUCAGUUUUUUCAGCACCAGUAGUUGGUGCAUAAACUUGGAUUACUGUGAUGUUGAAAGGUCUGCCUUGGAUUUCUGAGGAUUUUCUCCCAAUCUUUAUAAGCUUCUUUAAUAUGUGAAUCUAAGCAAGGAAGCAUGAACACAAGGAAAAUGCACAGGUGUGCAGUAAUGGUGCACACUUUGCACACAAAUUCUGAUUGCAUACUGUGUGGCAGCUCUAAAUUGUCCCUUUAAAAAGCCUUUGGCCUUUAUUACAUUAUAUUAGUUAUUAGGUGUGCAGUGCCUUUUGUUAGUGGCUCAUGAAUUGCUGAAGUGUGCUUCAGUGACUGUGUGAUCCCACAGCAGAUUUGAAAAAUGAGCUCAGCAAUUUCCAAAUAUCUCAGAGGAGCUCUGUAUAACCCUUGUACCCCUAUAAUCAUUACCUUGGGAUAGCACUCCUGUGGAAAGCAAUUCCAGUGUUAGCAAAUUAGUCAUCUGUGGGGCGCUCAGUGGCUGUUAAAGAACAGCCCACUUCUGAAUUCAGGCUCUCUUAUGGUAUAUUCAGAAGACAGACUUCUCACAUUGCUAGACCUGAUUUCCAUAAGCAGUGAUUAUCCUUCAGAGAUUAUGUACCAUCAGCAAUACACCCCUGGACAAUGAACAAUACAAGUCCCCCUCCAAGCAUUUUAAUAUUUCACUCUGUACUUUGAGAUAAUUUUGAGUUAUGAUAGUGUCUUCUUGUUUCACCAAUGCCGCUGAACUCACAUCUUACACAAGGGUUACGCUCCACAGAUGGCACGUAAAGCUGAACUAAUGUUCCAAGGGGUAUCCCUUGGAAGCGCCAUGUGAGUCAUCUGCAUGUAGAGAAUAUCUAGGAUAGUUUAAUAGGCCUAAUAGCAGCUUUUACACAAACAGUGUGACAAAUGGGUAGAUGUAAAUAGCACAUUGUUCCAAUAAGAAAUGCAAGUGUCUGUGCUUUGGUAAGAUGAAUUAACAGCAUCAUUAAUACUUAAGGAAUCUCUAGCCAACAGUGUCCAAAGGGACCUGUAGGUUGUCCUUGACCAUAGAUGCCCAUUCCCUGGAGCCUUGGGUGUCCGAGCACCCACAAAAUUCCCUAUGAAGGGGCUGGGCACCCACAAAUUUGGUGCCAGGGCCAUGCAUGCUGUAUCGCACCCAUGGGCCCGGGCACCCACAGUUGCAGGGCCAAGCAGGCAUUCCAGUCCUUGACAAUAAUAGCCAACCUCGUCCCCCUGAAUCUGAAGGAUGAAGGGUGGCUACAACUGAGAGAUCCUUGUCCGUAGUACUUCUUCCCCCACAAUUCUGUUUAAACCUAAUUGUGUAAGAUAAGGUAAAGGUAAAGGAUUCCUGGACAGUUAAGUUCAGUCAAGGGCAACUAUGGGGUGUGGUGCUCAUCUCCCUUUUCAGGCCGAGGGAGUUGGCAUUUGUCCACAGACAACUUUCCGGGUCAGGUGGCCAGCAUGACUAAAUCAUUUCUGCUGCACCAGAACACCGUGAUGGAAGCCAGAGCACACGAAAAUGCCGUUUACCUUCCCACCACAGCAGUACCUAUUUAUCUACUUGCACUGGUGUGCUUUCAAACAGCUAGGUUGGUAGAAGGUGGGGCAGAGCAAUGGAAGCUCACCCCAUUGCACAGAUUCAAACUGCUGACCUUCCAGUCAGCAAGCCCAAGAGGCUCAAUGGUUUUGACCACGGCACCACGCACUCCCUCUAAUUGUGUAUGCUGCCUAGAAACUCAUGUUAUAAGGUGAUUGGAAAAUGCAAAUAAUAAAUAAAAUAUUUUUUGUUAGAAAAGUUACUGAGAUUGUGCAUGUGAAAUGUUUUGAAGACCUAAAGGCACACUACGAAUGCUGGGCUAUGUAAGAAAUUGUGGGCACAAAAUGUUGGGUGGUGGGACUCCUAUAAUUGAGAUGUGAGUGGCUCACCAAGUAAAAUAGAGUGGAGAGUGGCAGCAAUUGCCUCCCAGCCAAUUUGGUUUUCCUCUUGGUGUGUCUGUAAAGUCCUGACUGGCUACCACUGCACCCCUCCCUCUUCUGGUAUGCAGCAGCAAUGCUGCUGCUGAGAGACUACUGAGAGCCUGUCUUACAUUCAGAGGAAUGUCAAGAGCGAUCACCCACUGGGCAUGUUGGAAUAAUUUGAAGCCCAUCAAACUAUGAAUAAAUAAAUCUCCAUUAUGUACCCCCCCUACCUUCGUCAUCCUCCUUCACAGCCUGUGCCAAAGAGUGGUGACCUUUGGGGUCAAGGUACUGUAAGUUUUCCUUCUGUUUUGUGAUCCCACAUUAUGGUGUGAGCCAACUGAUUCACGCCAUAGGGCGGGACACAAAAAACCCCACCCUUUUGGUUCUGUGCUCUGGCAUGGCCAGAGCAUGAAACCAAAAUGGGAUGUCAGGGAUUAGGAUCAGAAGUCAGGGCAGCUUCUGUCAAUCUGGAAUGUCCCACUUAAAAUGGGACAGUUGUGCAGGAUGACUUUUCUUGGCCUACCAAGGCUGCUACUGUGAGAGGAAGAAACCAUGACGCUAUCAAAUUUUAUUGCACUCUGCAUUUGUUUGUCCUAUCGUGAUAAAAUUUCAUAUUUUUUGUGACCAAACAUACUUUAUUCUUUACUAAUAAAGUGCAGAGAUCAAUGAGUCCUGCUGAGUAAAUACGAGAAAGAGCAGCAGGGUCACUUGCUAUCGUCUUAUUUUGAUGAUAAUUUAUUAUUCACUUAAUUAGCUAAAUGGUUUUCUUGAGCCAAUAGGGAGUAAUUUGAAAAAUAUUCAUACUCGUAUAUUUCAAUAGGUCAUUUGUAGCAAUCAAAUAAUGAAACUGAACUUCCUUUAUUGGAAAUGAAGUGUAUUAAAAGUAAAUCCACAGAUCAAAGGCCAAACCAAAAUGUAUUGGCAAAGUGAAGAGAAUGGAUGUAGCACUCAGAAGAUGAAUAUGAUAAUUCCUCCAUGGUUUGUCUGUGUUUGCAUGUUUGUUUGUUAUAAGUAUUUUUAAACCGCCCUUCUACCAUGUGUCUGCGAUAGUAUACAAACCAAAUAAGAAUGUAAUAAUAAUAGUAAUAAUCAUAAUAUUUUGAAAUUAUACUCUACUUGAUAUACUGAGAGCUUAGAAAAUGUGGGGAUUCUGUGACUGGGAGAAACUGGUUUGCUUGUGGGUUUUUCCUGUGGAGUCAUUAAUAAAUGUAUUUUGGAAAGAGAAGAGUAUUCUAAUCAUAUUGUGCAGCUACCGUUCAGGGAGUAGCACAGGGAGUAAAUGCUUGCUAAUGCAUUUUGUAUUCUUGGCAGUUCCCACAGGAUUGCACUAUGGGGUUAACGCCAGAUAAGCUGUGCAAACAAAUUGCUCUGCUUUACCAAACUGGUCAGAGGUGGUAGGGGGUUAUUCUUCAGGCAGUGAAAAAUUAGAGAAGUUAUAUUCAGUGAGAGAGGCAAGCAUGAGACAUUAUAACAAUCCCUUGCUUUUAUACAGGUGGAUAAUUCUUAUAUUUCUGGGGUUAAGUGGAAAAAGCAAUUUCAAUAGAACAGGAAAUCCCUCAUGCACGACUUAUAUCUCUUCAUUUAUAUUUGCUUUAGUCACUGUGUGUACUGCAUUGCAAUCCUGACUUUUAAAAAGGAUCAUAUCACCCACCCAGGCCAUAAAAGAAAUGUAUUAGCUAACAGGGCCGCUGAAUUACUGGAUUUAUUCAGUCUCUUUGUUGGGCUGAGUAAUAAGAGAGUGUUGUUAACCUCUGAGAGUUCAAUCUAUAGGUACACUUUUAAGUGCCAAAGUUAGUUUAGCAUUGUAUACUGAAUGAUGAUUUCUGAUCUCAUUCACAGCAACAUAAACAGUGUACACCUGUUUAAUGGAAUAUAAAAGUUACAGAAUUGAUAGGGUAGUUUCUCCUAGAUACGUAUGAGGCACAUGUCCAAUCCCCUGAUAUUUUGAUAUUUUGUUUUAAGCUACUUUGACAAUAUGUUUGAAAGGUAGUAUAAAACAUUAUUAAAUUGAAAAGCAGUCACAGGAGGCUGCCAAUUACAGCGCAGGACUGCUUAAUUGUUUCCCCUCCUAUGUGCAUAGUUCCUGGGUGAAGGGGAAGUACUUGAAGAGGGGACUUCCUGUAGAGCUGAAGGAGAAGAGGGAGGAGUGUGGUUCUGGAGGACAAUAAUACAUGCAAAACAUGUUCAACUGCGGUAACAUUUGCUAACUAAAUAGGCUUUUUAUUUCAUUUUUGCUUUAGUGAUUGGUACACCCCCAACUUACCACUUUGUCAUUUUCUUUCAGUAUGUGAAAUGUAAAGAGUUACUUCCUUAGAUUCAGAGGCAUAGCCAAGUGAACAUAUUGUUCAUAUUAUCACUGGCAGCCCCUAAAAAUGAGGAUUUAUUAGUGCCACAAAUUAUACUGUUGUGACUCCACUAGGAAAAUUCAAGCAUAUUUAAAUAGAGGGGAAAAGCAGAGUAAUUGAGAUUUUAAUUCAUUCAAGAUAGACCAAAAAGAUACAGAACAGAAGGAUUUGAAACAGCUUUUUUAUGCACAGCCACCUUUCUCCUGCAAGAGAGCAGAGGCCACAGAUGCUCAUUUUGCGGGAUUGGAUGGCAGAAACUCUCUGGCAGAAUGAAAAUGUGCAUCUUACAAAAAGUGGCCAUGAAGAAUAGAAGAGAAAAGUAUCUCUUAUAAAAUACAAGGGAGUGUGUCAGAAUACUAAAUUACCAGCAAACCGAUUUCUCUAUUUGCUUCCUUCAAAGGAAGGUUCAUGUAAAAUAACCAGAGCAACUACGGUAGAUACCUGACAAUUAGGGCAAAUGCAAAUGAGGUCAAGACACUUCUAGUCCACAUAUAGACAUACACAAACAUACAUGUGAGCUGAAUGUUAAAGAAACAAUGUCUAAUGCAAAUUGGAAUGGCUAUGUACUAUAAGUGCAUGGGUGAUUAAUGGGCUCAUCCACACAUCCGUUUGCCUCCCUGCUUUUCUCCAGGAAAACCCAUAGUUUAUUGCUGAAUCAGACCAUUGUUAUUUGUUCUGUUUCAGUGGUAAAGAGUGAGUUUCCCAGGGGAAAGCUAUGGGGCAAACACAAAACCACUCAGACCUGUGCUUUAUAGGCAGAGGAUGAGCAGAACUGUGGGCAAGCCCAAGGUCAAGGCUGGGAAGUAGGAGAAGCAGUGAGCUGAAUUUCUGCUCGUUGCCACUGUUUGAGCUCAAUGAACCAAUAGGUCUUCCACAGUAGGAACUGUGGACUUCCACUAGUUGCUAACUUUGCCAAGUAUUUAUAGAUAUAUAUAGAUAGUGCGUGUGAAAUUGAAUUGAAGACUCCUGAGUACAGUGGUGCCUCGCAAGACGAAAAGAAUCCGUUUCGCGAGUCUCUUCGUCUUGCGGUUUCUUCGUCUUGCGAAGCAAGCCGUUUAGUGGAUUAGCGCUAUUAGCGGCUUAGCGGGCUUAGUGGAUCAGCUGAUAAGCGGCUUAGCGGAUCAGCUGAUAAGCAGCUUAGUGGCUUAACGGAUCAGCUGUUAAGCGGCUUAGCGGAUCAGCUGAUAAGCGACUUAGUGAUCAGCUGUUAAGUGGCUUAGCGGCUUAGCGGAUCAGCUGAUAAGCGGCUUAGCAGCUUGGGGAAAAGGGGGGGAAAAGGAAAAAAACCCCGCAGGAACUCGCAAGACAUUUUCGUCUUGCGAAGCAAGCCCAUAGGAAAUUCGUUUUGUGAAGCACCUCCAAAACGGAAAACCCUUUCGUCUAGCGAGUUUUCCGUCUUGCGAGGCAUUCGUCUUGCGGGGCACCACUGUGCUUACUGUUAACUUAUUAUGUAAAUCUUGUUUAUUAAUAUUUUGGGUUUUUUUAUUAAGUAAGUCUUCACAAGGUGAAAAUAUUACCAUAUCUGAUUUAGGGAAUCAUGUUUGAACAGGCCUGUCACAUGAAGCCAUCAAGGACCAAUUGGACCAGUACUCCAAAAGCAAAAGCCUCUUCUUCUAGCACCCCUUUCUGAGAAAGGAAGAGGCCUGUCAUCCCAUCCAGAUUAACCUUUGUCCCUCAUUUUCAUACCGCCAUAUAUAUUGUUUUGCUUCUUGGAUUUGGAACUUCUUGAGGGCUGAAGAAGAGAUUUAUUAUUACACUUCUUCCAUUGGGGAUUCUUUCCCCUUCACUGAAUGAAUCGUCAAUGAGGGAUCACAAUUUAGGUUUUAUGCAUUAGUAUAUGUGGGUUUCAUAAUUUGUAAGGUAUUUUUAACCUUCUGAAACCUCUUGGUGUCAGUUCUGAUGAAGAGUGGUGUAAAAAUGCCAAUUUUCAGUCUUGCUGAAACCUGAAGUAGGGCUUCAUUGUCUGAUCUUAAGCUUUGGGGAAAUCCAUAUUCAUGGAGUCUUUUCCUGAAAUAAUCCAUGUUGAGUUUUAUAGGUUCAAGCCACCUUGGGUUAAGGAAAACUGGUGACCUAUGCAACUUUAUACCACAGGUGUAAAAUGACUAGGCUAAUUCUCACACAUUGGGCAGAUGCAUUCUUCAAGCAGAACACAUUACAGUAGGCCAAUCCACACAUUGUAGCUUCCACAGAGAUAAUUGAGACCAUGAUAAAGUAUCUAGUUUCCAGCAGGGAUUCCUUAGCAGAUCUUAGUUCUAAUGUUUUACAUGAACUCUAGCAAUAAGACCUAACUCAAAUUAAUCUCUGAGCUGAACAUUGAACCAUGCUAGGGGGUUCUGAAUUCCCUCUAACAAUCAGUACCUAUUCUUACGAAUGACCUGAAAACAAAGAAACAAACAUUUUUAAAAGCAUAUCCCUAACCAUUUCCAAUAUAUUGUACCUCUCACUGUGAAUUGUUUUUCAAAAUAUUUCCUGACUGUUUCUAGCCUACAGGGAGCUAGAGAAAAAUCCCUACUUGGUAUUGGUACCGAAAUGAGAUGAGGGAGGCAGAGAUUUGUGAAGAAGUUUAUAAUAGUCACAAGCCUAUUUCUGUAAAAACCCACACUAAUAGGAUUUCUGUAUUUCCCCUUUGGAACCUUCAUUGCGGUGUUUUUUAUUCAUACUCCUAGCUAACCUUUCCUAUUAAAGGCAAAGUAACUUGACUGACAACAUCAGAAUUCUGUGUAUCUGUUUUGUUUCCCAAAACUCCAAAUGUCAUGUGGUCGUUUUACCUUAAACUUACUGUAGUAUUUCUCUCUCUUUUUGUUUUCGUCUUUGUCCUUAUAAUCUGCAAGAACAGCAGCUGCAAAAACAACAACAAACCAGGAAAUGCACAUGUUAAGUAGAAUGUCACUCACUGUGUGCAUUAUCAGCAGGAAUUCAGAAUGUAAUCUGUUUUAUACAGUGUGUUAAUACAGCAGAUCACAUUUUUAUUUACCUAUUAUCAAAAAGCAUAAGAAAGGAGCUGCAGCAUGAAUGUAGUUAUAGCUCAAUUAAGCUAGAAUUAAUCUGAUUUUCUCUUUGUUACAUGUGUGUGUUUGUGAGUGUGUGCUGGAGGAAACAGAAAUAAUACUGCAGUACUAUCACCCAAUUCAUGCUUCUCACAUUCUUAAAAUGGAAUUCACACGAGCAAUAUAUGUAGGAUUUUGCAAACUGCAGUUAACGGUGCUGGUGCAAAGUGAACUUGCAAAUAGCACGGCAGACAGUUAAGAAUACAAGUUUUCUUCACACAUCCCCUAACUUUUGACUACACUUGGAGUUUCUUCCACCCUGGGUUAAGAAAGAAUUUGUUCUUUGUGGUUGAUUAAAUUGUGUAUGCCCCUACUGAGAGUGUUAAUAGAAUUUUUGUCCAAUUCCAAGGGGGCUGUAAAUUGCAACACAUUCAUGCGACACCACAGGUUGCACUCGGACAAAUGAUGUAUAUAAGCAAUCCACAGGAGACUUAUUUAGUGGCUUUCAAGGGAUGGGGAAAAACUGGUUGUUGUGGUCUGGAGAAUGUGAUGAAAGUGGAAACUGAGAAGGUACUUCAUAUGUUAAGGGUCUCACCUAACAUAAAGUGAAAGGGAGCAAAGCAAUGGCAAUGAAGUUGGAUCUCCACAGAAGUGGACCUCUGUUCCAUGAAUGCAAGAAUGAAAAGGGGUUGGCUCUUCGUAUAUUGUGAAAGUUGCUGCUAAUUCAUUGUAUUUUUCCUAUGGGAGUUGACUGCAAUCUAAUUUACAGGAUUUUGAACUGAGACAUGGAAUGUUGAGUGUGAAUUAACUCCAAUGGGGGGGGGAUAGUCUUAUCUUUUCUACUUAAUUACUAAUAAUUCUAUUCCUCCUCCCAAAAAAAAUCUUCAUUGCACUGAGCUAUUGCUAUAAAAUGUAAUUAUUCUGAUGACUUUGGUUAGUAAAGCUGAAAUCUACCUGGGGUUGCUUCCUUUGCAUAAAUCACUCUUCUUUCCUAUAGCUGCUUAAAAGUGCUGACCAGAAAACAGAAGAUUAAAGCUUUCUAUUCUUGAAAAGGGGAACCUUUCCAGUUUCUUUAACAGAUGUUUCAAAUUGCACAACACGUAUCUUAUGUCUCCGAAAGAUUUUUAUUAGCACAGUGUCUGGGAUCACCGUUCCUCAAAACUCUUCUGCUCUGUCCUCUUUCUUUGUGAGCUUUCCUGCUGAUUGCAUGGUUGCAUGACUAAAAGCAUGCUGCCUUCCUGUUUAUGUACUGUCAUUCAUCAUCAUAUGGUUUCAUAUGAGGGAGAGGGACGCCUUGCAUUUGAUACUACCAUCUGGGGAAGACGGCAGGGCCAUGCAAUGAGAAAUGUCACACAUCCAAUGAACAAGAAUCAAACAUAUCAUAUAGAAAAUAGGGUCCUCUUCACAUCAAGAAUAGAUCCCAUCCAGCUUUACAUUGAAACGAAAAGAAAAAAGUGUAUGUAGUCUUUUUUUGUUAAAUUGUUUUCUUACUUUUUCCUAGACUUCGCCCGGUGGUAUUACCUGUCUCAGAGAGGUAAAAUUUAAAUCAAUUUGACUAACCUUCAAAAGAAGAAGUUUCCCCCAUUAUGAAUUUAACAAUGAUAUAAAUCGUUAUUGCUGCUUUCCUACCUCUAAGGUUUUGUUUAAACCUGGGAAAAGUAGGCCAGUACUUUGAGGUGACAGCUGCUGACCUCUGGCAUUCUACCAUGCUCAACAUUUAAUACAGAGUGAACUCUUUUGAUGUGUUAGUUGCCACAGAAUAUAUUGUGUGAUUCUACCUGUGGUAAACUGUUUCAAAAUGCUGGAACAAAGACAAGCAGCUAGAAAUAUGGGGUAAAUCAAUUCAGGUCUCCCACCAUUUUCCUCUACCCCAUUAUUAAAGCUCACUCACAAAGUUUGUGAGAUUUCUUAGCAUAUCAUUAGGAAGCACAACUUAAGAGAACAUUUGCAACCACUAAACAAGCUGUAUAGUAAAUAUUCAAAACGUGACCUUAUUUCUCAAAUGUGCCCUUGGUAUCUGUACGCGACCAUCCAAAAGAGAUUAUUGCCCUCUUCAGAUAUUCCAGCAGCUGUCUACAAUACUAAUGUAUUGAAGCUGAGCCCUUCAUCCCAUAACCCUCUGUGAAUUGAAAGGUGACCUUAUGAAGAGGGGACCCUGCUUCAACUUGUGUAGGUUCCCUCUGUGAUGAGGAACUCUGGAAAAUCAAGAUUUUACAAUCCAAGACAAACAGAUCCUGUUGAGAUCAUUAUGUCUGGGGCUGGUUCUCACUGUCAUGGAUGAGAUACGUGACUUUGUAAAAAAUAAAUACUGUAUUUUUUGCUCUAUAAGACUCACUUUUUCCCUCCUAAAAAGUAAGGGGAAAUGUGUGUGCGUCUUAUGGAGCGAAUGCAGGCUGUGCAGCUAUCACAGAAGCCAGAACAGCAAGAGGGAUUGCUGCUUUCACUGCGCAGCAAUCCCUCUUGCUGUUCUGGCUUCUGAGAUUCAGAAGAUUUUUUUUCUUGUUUUCCUCCUCCGAAAACUAGGUGCGUCUUGUGGUCUGGUGCGUCUUAUAGAGCGAAAAAUACGGUAAAUCUGAAGCAAGCCAGGGAGAGCCAUUUCUGUGGUUGCAGUUGAUUAAAUACUAGAAUAAAUUAGAGACUUUGUCACAAAGACAGCACAAUUCAGCAAAGCUAUAGCAUGCUUUGGAGAAAUACAGAUAGCACUGGCGGUUUAUUUGAGACUCCUACCACAGCCACUCACUGUUGAAAGGCAAGAUGUAUUUUAAACUAGAGAACUUUAAGGAAACCACUGGUUAUGUUGGCCUUAGGUUCUUUGGCUUUAAAAAACUCUGAAUAUAAGUUGCAGGCAAGUGGGAAGGAACCUUUAGCUAAUAAGAAAACCACUUUCUAAUGAAUUUUACCUGUUAUAUUAGACCUUUCUCCUCUAGUGAUAAAUCUGCCGUCCAUGCAGUUCAUGGCAGUUUUACAACUAAUGGUGGUCAUUUCAAGAACAUUCUUUUACAUAAUUGCUUUUACAUGAUGAGAAGAAAUUUAUCAUACAGGCAAUGUAAAAUUCAUUUAUCCUUACAAUUGGUAAGCACCCUGCAUUCCUGUACAAUCUAGGGAUGAGCUGAAAAAUUUAUAGGUAAUGCAAUUGAGCAAGGAAUCUAAAUGUGCCCCAUGAAAAAAAAUAUUUGUUUUUGAUAGACCAGAAUUUCCCCUAAAUAGUUUGAGGAAAAUGGCUUCUAAUGAAUGUGGUAAAUCUAGAGAGGGCUUAGUUCACCAAGUCUUAAUUAAAUGGGCACAGAUGAGGUUCCCAAUAAUGGCAUGUAAGUAAUGCUUGCAUCAAAGGAGAAACAGAGUAUACUGAUGCUGCUGGCAGGAGCCAGCAUUAUCUGAGAUGGUGUUGCAUAAUCAUGAAGACUAUUUACAUGGCACAUCAUUGCUGUGAGUCCUGGAAGACCUGCUCCCCUGCCCUCUUGGCAUGGGAGGGCGGGGCCCACCAGAGACCAUCUUGGCUGUCAGUCCUGGAAGACCAACAUCCUGCCUUGAAGGCCUUUUCCACCUGGGCUGGGAGGGUAGGGCCCUGACUGACCCAGCUACAAAAAGCUGAGGGUGCUGAUCAGACUCUUGGGCUAGGGUGGGAGUUGUUUUUAUUUUAUUAUUUUAUUUUAUUUUAUUUUAUUUUAUUUUAUUUGUUUUUUUAUUUUAUUUUAUUUUUAAAAUUUAUAUACUGCCCUUCAUCCAAAGAUCUCAGGGUGGUUAUUGCUGUUUGUAUCUUUAUUUUAGAUCUUGUUAUUUAUGUCAAAAUUGUUCAGUGUGUUUGUGUCCUUUUAAAUGUUUUAUUUAUUUUUAUGACUACUUUUGUUAUGUUGUAGCUAUGUAAUUUUUUCAUAUUGUAAACUGCCUUGAACCUGGUUUGAACUGUGGAAAGGCAGCAUACAAGUAAUAUAAUGAAUCUAUGCAUUAUUAAAAGUUGAGGGGCAGUCCAUUAAGAACUUGUAGCUGAUCUACCAUAAUCUACCCAAUUGCCUUGUCUGUAAGUGAAAUAUUCAAAACGAGCCUAGAAUUCCUGGAAAACAUGGACCAAUAAGGGCUUAUUUUUAUAACAGAUCUCACCAUGCCCUCCUUUAGGAAACAUUAGCUAUAGACAUUAUCAAAUCAACCAUUCAUGUCUCCUACUAAUAUAAUUUUGUUUUCAGCAAAGUCAGUUAAUAUUUGAAAAAAAUAUAUUUUAAAAAACCCACAUUAGGUACAUAUACUUACCCAGUGGUCCACUUAAAUUCAGUAAAUUGAGCCUAUCAUCUGGGUCGGAAUACUGAUUUUUUUAACUGCCAAUCCUGAUUCUUUAUAUAUAUUACUGCUCCUUUUGUUUUUCUUUCUCUCCACAUGCAGCAUAUACUAUCCCAAGGAAUCUGUUUUUAAGUAAGCUUUCAUAACCUUUCUAUAUAUGUGUAUCUUGGAAACAAACAACAUCAGUUUUGCCUUUUUUAUUUUGAAAAGACUUUUUUCCAUUUUAUAACAUCAUCGAUCCCCCAAACAUUAAUAGGAAAAAUGUUUAUUUUAUUUACAAUGAGAAAAAAGUCCAGUAAAUAGUAACAAAAACAAAGUUUACUGGCAACCCAACUUGGAAACCUUAUUGCAUUCAACUGAGUUUCCUAUAUUUUAUAAAUAAUCAUGAGAUUCUUUUCUUGGGAUUUGUUUCUUCUAUCAUUUCUAUUACCGGAGUCGCCUCUUCCACAUUCCAGACAACCACCCAUUAUUUGUCCAUUUGAACAUUAAGACUAAAAGGGUACCAUAUUGGAUGUCUCUUUCUCUCAAAUAUAUGGUCAAUCAUUUUAAAUCUCUUCUCUUUUACAAUAUGUACAAACUCACAUCUGUCAAAACCUCAAUAUUAAGUUUUUCAAUUUUUAAUUCUUUUCUUGGCCUCGGUUUCUUAAAAAUAGCAUAUUUAACUCAGAAGCUAAUAUAUUUUACAAAAGUGUCGCAAUCAAGUUUAUUCCAUUAUGCAUAACAUGAAAUAAUUUUGUAUGCCUACUCAAUGAUCAUUUCACACAUUUGGUCUAAUUCUAAGAUAUCUUUAAAUAAUAGCCAACCAGAUUGUCACAUUCAAUUUAUUCUGGAAGACCUCUCAGCUUUAAUUGUCUCAAUUCUGAAACUAAUUGUUCAACCUUUAUUGGAACUUAUUGACCUCUUGUUUGUAUAAACUGUGUUCAGUAGUAAUUUCUCUUCUUUCUACAACACAAUUACUUCCUUUAUUUUCUUAACCAUUUGCUCUUGCAUCCGCACUUGGCUAUGCAUAUCUUGGAAUUUUUUUAUCAUAAAAACCAUUCCUGACAAUUCAUUAAUCUGUCCCAUAAAUUUUUGAUCUCUCUCUUGAAGCAAUUGCUUUAAGUUAUCCUUUUCUUGCUCUAGUUUUCCUAUAUUGUUCUAGUUUCUGAACUCAUAAGUAAGUCCUUUCCUGCUCUUUCUUCAUAUUUGUAUAAUUCAUUGGAAAAUUCCCUUUUCUUCUGCUGUUACCUACAUGAUUUUGUCUUUUCCUCUCUCUGACUUUCUUGUUUUCCUUCCCCAUCAUAAAAAAAUCACAGAUUUCCCCUUUGAUUUCCUUCUUUCCAUCCCUUUCUUUCCACUUCUUUAGCUCAUUCUAUAUCAUCCUAUCUUAAGGAAAUUCUUAAUCUAAUCAGCAAGUAUUUUAAUUCAUUUUAAAAGUCCAUUCAAAUAUUUUCAUUACUAUAAUCAGCAAUAAUUUCUUUAAAGAAAAGAUAAAACAAUAUUCCUUAGUUCUUAUAGCUCUUAAAUAAUCAAUAUUGUUUUGAUCAGAUAUCCCAAGAACAGCAAAUUUAUAUAGAAGGAUUCCAACCAAUAUUAUUGUUUCUAUCAUUAGUUUACAAUUAUACCAGUUCAUUAGUUUAUACAGAAAGAGGGAAUAGAAGAAAAUUGGGCGGGGGUGGUGAAGAGAAAGAAAAGGAAAAUGUUUUAUAGAAGCCACGGCUGUGCAACUAAAUAGUGUUAAGUAACAAGAUUCUUAAGAGAGGCUAAGUCCCUAAAUAAGACAGGUAAUAUUGUUGCUAUUAACUAUUACUGAGGAUCCAAACUGUUCCAUUCGAGUUCCUAAGAUUGAUAGAUUACACACAGAGAGACACAAAUAUUUCAAGGAAUAUGAAACAGGCUAGUAAAUUACCAGCUAAUGUAUAAGCAAACAUGAGGGCUUUUGUGCUAACUGAUUCAGGGAGAUACUAUAUCAAUACUUAAGUAUCCAAGAGAUUAUACUUUUUAUUCUAUUUCCCACACAACUUAUUCAAGCGGAGAUAUGAUUCCAAUGACUCGUAAUUACAAAGAUAUGUAACACAACAGUACGACAAGUACCCAUGCAUAUUAUAAAUGUUAGUGAUAAAUAUAGGUAAGGAUAAUAUUAUUUACCUAUCUGCUGUAAUAAUUAGAUGUGCCAGAAAGAACUCAUCAAUCAGAAGAUAUUUCUACAGGUACUGAUUGAGAUAAUAGUAAAACAUUCAUUAGAGGCCUGUGUGUGUGUGUGUGUGUGUGUGUGUGUGUGAAGUACAGGAACAGAAUAGGAAAGAUUUACUGAAGCAGAUUGAUAAUUUGGAAACAACAAUUUUGAAAAUCUUAAUAAAUAUCUUAUAAAAAAAAGAUAAUUUGGAAACAGAACUGCGAAGAAAAUGAACUGUAGACUGAUUGUAUGGACUCUGCUUUUAUAUUAUAUGGAAAUACAAAUAUUAUCUGUUGGUUUGGGGAUUAAUGGGGUUAAUUUGUUAAUCACUGCACCAGAAAACAAAAUGGGUGAUGGUAGAUUUCAUUGAGGAUAGAAAGCCUCUAUCUUCUUGGGGGGGCAGGUGUUGGUAUAUUUUGGAGGUCAUGUAUCCAGAAGCUGUUUUCUGAGUGUAGCUGGUGUUCAGAGAUCAGAUCAUGGCAUGAUCUCAGGGGCAGACAAGAGUUUGUACAGUAGGGAGAGAGGUGGCAAGAAAGCCAUACUGGGAUUGUGCAGAGAAUAGCCAUAGGUAAUCAGGGAGGGUUUUACCCCAGAAGUUAUAAAGUAUUUCCAUUAUACAUUUGCUCCAGUCAGAAGCUGCUUACAUGCUAGCAACCUCUCCUUGUUAUUCUUAUAUGCUAAGAAUCUUUAUUUUGUCUUUCAGUAAAUGUUUUUUGUCUUGAUUCCUUUAAACUGUGUUGACUUCAUUUAGAAUUCACCCAUGUCUUCAGCCAAAGCCCAUGCUACUUUGAGGUGCUUUUGGGAAGCCACAAGGAAAGUUUUAGGGUGACUGGGUAUCUUUUAAAAUCCUGUCAGUUUGGACAAGGCCAUGAUGCAGAUAGGUUCAAGAACCUUGCCCACAUCUUCAGGCUACAGUAAGUAAAAAGCAACCAAGCAACUGCAAUACAAGGUCUCAUAGCACAGCCCUGAAGACAACCUGGGAUGUAAGUCAAUGGAAAUGAGAGCGAUUUUAUUCACAAAGUGUUCUGCAAACAUGUUACAAUGGGCCAUUGAGUAUUCUGCUCUAAAUGACCACAGCAGUAAGAAGGAAUGCUUUGCCACUAUAGCCGCCAUGCAUCAGUCUCUAAAAUAAACACAGACUGAUGCUUAUUUGGAUUUGUCCAAAACUUGCCACUACUAUUGUACUUUUGCUGGUUUAUUGCCUGGAGCUACCUUUUAUACCAUGGAGCAGUGCCAUCUAUUUUCAGUUGGAGAGGACAUCUCAGAGUUAUAUCACCCAGUCAAGCUACCACACUGUUCCAAAUAUAAACUUAGACUUCAACAACAUGAACAAAAAUUCCAGCAGCAGUCUGAAAACCAAGUGGACUCAUCAGCCACUGGGGACAAACAUUUCAAAUACUCCUACUGUGGACUGGAAGCUGCUGAAAUUACAUUUAUAUCCUCAUUUACAAGAUUUUUACAGGAAUUAUUACCAAUGAUGCCAUUGUUGGUGAACCAAGUCAUCAUCAAUUCAUGACAAGGCAGUUGCAUUAAUCUCCUCUGCUCCCAAGCAAAUUAUAUCAAAAUUCAAAUAAAUUUGCAGAUGAGAGUGCGCAGCACAUGACAGUUCAGCAAUGUUCUGGGAGUUGGGCAGUCCCGAAAACCUGAGCAUCAUUGGCAAGAGUGGCCUCAGUAUGGAUUUUGAAGUUAUCUGAGACCAGUGUUUUGGAUAAUCUCAAUACUGGAUCAGAGACCACCUACAGGCCAGUGAGAUUCUACCAAGAAACAAGGAGGGCACUAUGAAAGCAAAAUCCCCUAACCUAGAGUCCAGCAAACAAUGUGAUUUGGUGUAUGGGAAACCUGUGUAGCCAAGUGACUUCAUUCACCCUGUUGCCCAUCAGUUUUUCCACUAAUGCUGUGCCAGGAAACUGGUCAGACAUAACUGGGUCACAUCCAAUCAACCUCAUCCGGCUAGAUCUUACUAAUUGAAAGAGAGUAACAUGCAACAUUACAACAUUGAACCAGGUUACCAUAAACCAUUAUAGAGUGAUUGUGUGCGUUUUAAUCCAAGAUUAAAUAUUGAAUCAAUAAAAACAAAAAAUAAGCAUUAAGCAGUAACACUUUUAAGAGAUGAUAGGUAGUUGAUGAAACACACCCCACGUUACUUUGACUAGAGAGGGCCUGGGUCAGGAGAUCUUUAAUUGCUUUCACCCUGUUCUCCUUGCUGGACCAGUAGCUAAUUAAUCCCCUUAAUCAACAUAGGUCUCUCUCUGUCUUCCCACCACCUCAGAUGCAACUACUGCCAAAUCUACUAAGGUUACAAAGAGGACCUCCUUCAAAGAGAAGCCAACUUUCCACAAUUCCUAUUAUGAGAUAACACAUAACUUUCAACCAUUACUAGCUCCUUCUCUCCAAAGCCAAGAUCACCUUGCAUUGCAUCCCUAAGCAAAACUGCAGCUCUCAGUAGAGGAACAGCUGAGAAUGAGCGUAGGGUAGAAAUGAGAAACCGCCGUUUCAGCCAUCAUCACAGCAGUUGAAGCUGGCAAUAUGCAAACUACAGGUUGGCUGAACACAGGAGAACUAGAUGACUUUUGCUCUCCUCUCUUGUCUGUAUUCCAAUAUGCCUGUGCCGGACCACAUCAGUGAAAUGAAUUUCUUUUAUUAGGAACUAGUUUUGAAGACUGAUCUGGAAGUGGUAAGUAACUUCUUUACAGCAGCAAAGAUUUGUAGUUCGAGUAGUUAGAAAAAGGCUGAUACUUUUUCCUUUCAUUGGUAUACAGUGGUAACUCUGGUUAGGAACACUUCUGGUUAUGCACGCUUCAGGUUAAGAGCACCACUAUUCUGGAAGUAGCUUCUCCUGGUUGCGGACUUUGCCCCAGGAUGCGAGCAGAAAUCACGCGCCAGAGGCCCCAUUAGCGAAAGCGCACCUCAGGAUAAGAACGGUUGCAGCUUAAGAACGGACCACCGGAAUGAAUUAAGUUUGUUACUAGAGGUACCACUGUACUGAUACCUGAAUGGAGAAAUGCAUUUGGUUUGUUGCAGUCCUGAAUGACAAGUUUCAACAUUCUGAUUACCUGUUUCCCUCCACCCCACUACCCCGUAAUAUGAAGGCUAUUGAUUGUGGCUUGGAUCUGGAGAACUGCUGGAAGAAGGAGGUUGCCAGUAGGUGGCUUUCCCACACACCCUUCUUCAGCAACUUUUCACCUCCCCCCACAAGACUCUUCCAAGGUUUGCAGAAUCCAUCGAAAUGAGGUGGACACAGGGGGCUGAGGGAAUUUUUGGCAAUUACCCACCUCACUCAUCAGGAUCCCCCAACACUCAGGAGAGAGUUUGGAGGGUUACCCAGGGGAGGAGAGAGUAUGGGAAAGUCACCUUCCCCCCUCCCCUUAUGCUGGUGCUUCUUUGGAUGCAAGCCAUAAUGUUUUCUUACUCUGUUGUGUAUUUUAAAAGGAAAGAGGCACCGACUGAAUGGCUAUGGUUUCAUAUGAUAACUGCUUCAAGAGAAGGCCUGGAUGCCCACAGAAGAUGCUUUAUUGCAAUUUAGAAUAGCUGGAAGUAACCAGAUAAAAUUAUGUAGAGUCAAUUAAGACUUGAUUGGGUGCAGGAGGGAUUAAAGGGCAGGGAAGCUAGUGUUAAUGAAAGCCACUAAAGGGAACAAGAAAGGCUUUAAUAGCUGUCUCAGGAGUGGACAAGCAAGUAUUAAAUGAGAGACACUUGAGAGUGUGAAAUAUCUGAACUACAUACUUGUAAAAGAUCUAAGUGCAAUUAGAAGGAGUCAAAAGCUUUGAUGGUUUUGCUGAUGAGAUACAGAAGGUGUGAACAUGUUAUAAGUGUGAAUAAAUCAGCAAAUACAGCCGAUGUUCAGGGUGGAUAUCUCCUAAUGUAUUUUCAGUAAUAGCCCCUGCCAUAAUGUAAUCCCAGCCUAAACAUAAAAGUAGGGGUGCAUUAUUGUCACCAAAAAUAAGAUAACCAUAUAAUGUCUCACAUGUCUCUGUGCAAGCAGGGGGGCAACUAGGGAGUGGUAGGGUUGGCCUCCACCAAGGGUGCAGGGCCAAGGUUGCAGGCCCUGGCUCGGCAAACCCUCUCUAGAGAAAGCAGCACUGUCUCUACAGGCAAGUCACUGAGAAUGCAGUCUAUAAUGAAUGACAGUGACUCAAAUGCCCGAUGCAUUGUGCUCAGGCCUAAAGCUGCAAUGCCUGUGCUGAUGAAGGACUAUGAACUUAUGGGCUAUCUAUACAGCCACACCUAGAAUGAACUGGAAGAACAUUACGGUUAGGUACCAACAACUGCUGCUGUGUGUUAUGCCACCUACAUGGCGUUAUAUAUCCUGUAGCCUAAGUCACCAGCAUUGCCUCUUGUGCACUACUUGUGUGACUCCUGUGAAUUAUAGGGCUGCAUAUAUUGGAAAAUGUGUUCUGAAUAUGGUAGCAGACUGAACAUUGCACCCUCUUUUUCACUCCUCUUGGACUUCUGGCUCCAUGCUUCAUCUAGGAAAUCAGAACUGACCUAUGCACAGUUCCCGUCUACUGAAUUUCAGCCAAAAUCUAAUUUCAAUGAAAUCAGCAGGGAGAACAAAGCGAUCAAACCUUUUUGUUUGUUUUAUUUCAUUGGUUUUGCUACUUUCUCUACUAGAAAAGUAAGCUUGUUAACAUUUGGUAGCCGGCAAACAGUCAGGUAACUUGUGGGUGGACUCUGACUAAGGGCUUAUCCACAUUUAUGGAUGGAACAACUUCCGCACCAGCAACAGAACUUCCCUGUCAUCUCAUCUGCGAAUGCACUAUUUACACUACCCCCAAAUCUGCUCCGAAGGGUUUGGAUAACACCCCAGAACAUAGAAUGGAUUGGGGCGGGGGGUUACAAGGGGAGGAGAGGGAGGGAAUGUUUUGCUGUAACUUGUCAGAAUUAUGUUACUGUAACACACCCACCCCAACUGCAGGAGCAGUCUCUCCCAAACACAUUUAUGCAUUCUGACCAUUGCCAGUGCUGGUAAAACACUCAUGAGCACCGCUCCAAUAUAUGCAGCAGAACAAACAGCCACUGCACCCACUGUGUUUUGUUACAGACUCAAAGGUGAACAUUCUGCUACAUUCUACUUGGGUGACGGAGGGCAGGAACCAAAGCAUAAGCACUAGCACAGCACUCUAGUAGCCCUACUCUAUCUUCCUUUGCUCCCUCUCACAACCAGCUAUUGUGUAUAUAGGUUCAGGGAAAGUGUUCCCACUGGUGACUAUUGUUCAUUAUUCUUUAUGAGGUCCAUCUGCCUCAAUCUCUGCAGGUUAAUUAUCCACAUGGGGUAAAUCCAACCUCAUGACUGGUAGCAGUAACCAGGAUGUUUGUUGCUGUUCCUCUUUGGGGUCGUAACCUACUUUUCCAGGCAGGUUCCUGCGCCCUUGACAACUGAACAGCCAUACUGCUAGACAAGAGGUGAUGAUGUUCCUGACUUUGAGUUGGAGCCACGAGGGACAUUUCACCUGUCGAACAUUUUUGCUAAAUGUUGAACUACUCCCUAAGGCUGGAUUGACUACCUGUAAACCCCGCAUCUGUGUCUCUCCCCUUUUGGAAUUUUCUGCAUCCAGACACAGCUAAAUAAAGGCAAUGGGGUUUUGAUAUGUGUUGUUUCUUUGUCGCUAAAGAAUCGUAGGGAGGGAAUCUCUUUCCCCCCAGCCAACAUGAUAUGAUUUUGUUUCAGGACAGGACAAAGGGAAAUGGGCAGGGAAUUUGAUAGGGGCUUAUUGGGGACUUGAGACAAAUGGUCAUUUUUCAGCAAUGAUUUGUCAGUUUUAAAGAAUGGCUUGCUCUUUGCCUGUUGCAUUUGUUUCCCUCCAUUUUCACCAAGAACAGAAAGGAAUCCUCUAAAUUUGUUUGGCUCACUUUCUUCUAAUGGCACAGCAGGCUAUGUCAAAAACCCCAGGGGUGCACAUGCAAUUUCCCCCUGUCUUAUUCCUUUCCUCCCUCUUCUUCAUAGCCAAUAGUUCUAGUGGGACACUAUUAAAUAUGAAAAUGUUAGGAGAGCAAAUGGGAUGAUUAGAAACAACUGUUCUAGCUCUGAGGAAUACCUAUACACCAAUUUACCUUGGCAGCAAGAAGAACUGCUGUGGCUGGCAAGACAAGCAGGGUGAAGUAAUUCUGUGUGUGCACACAUGGUAGAGAGAGGGAGAUCUGGGGUUUUACAAUGAAAAUAGGCUUGGAGAAUUAAACGUGCAUGUUCAAAGCAAGGGUCAAGAACCUGUGCCCCCCUCAGAUGUUGCUGGAUUACAUCAUCCAUGAUUAUUGAUUAUCAACCCAAGCCAGGUUAUUAACUGGCUGGAGUUGAUGGAAACAAACUCACUGAGCCGGCAGAGGGUGCAAGGUCAGAAUCACCAUUCAAAACCACACACAUACAAAUAUUUAGUAAUAGACACAAGUACAAUGACCCCUGGUCAUUAUAAUAAUAAAAAGUUGGCAAAUAGUGCUUGGAAGGCAGACUUUUCGGUAUAGCAGUGUUCUUGUGUUUCAUGUACCGUUCAUAUCAGUGAAAAUAUAUUUUGCACAGCGUACACUACCCCACUCCAUUACUUCCUUGCUGCUUCUGUAAGCUGAAAAAUAUGUAUGUACUUUAGACAGGAACUUGGGUGAAUCUCCACUGAUCUUCCGAUGACAUCAUUUUGGCUGUCUCUUCAACCCUUUAAAUUCUUUUGUUGCACAACAAAAGAAAGAGAGUAAUUUCCAUUCCUGCUCGGUGUAGGCAUUGUUCACCCUGAUCCUAAACAUAUUACUUAGAAGCAAGUUGCAUCAGUUUCAGUGGUAUAUACUGCCAUGAAGGUAUGCUUGGGAUCACAGCUUUUGUCUACUAUGUUUAAGCAUGUCUGGUUUCAUGUUACACCUAUUGCACUCUGUGAUAUCACGAUUGUUCUAAAAUAUUACUGCAUGCUGUGGAAUAUUUUCAACUCUGUGUAUUAUUGAGGGAAACUCUUUUGUCGACAAACUGGAAGCAUCUUAAGGUAUUAUAAAAUAUCUUUAAUGUGUUGGAUUGUAACUACUUAAGGUUUUCAACUUUUGAGUACAGUAAUAAGUUGUAAAAAUACAGGUGAACUUAAAGAGAAAUGUGAGGUAUGGCUUCUGUCAGUUUUGAUUUCAUUUCUGAUGAAACUGGAUGAAUACAAUGCUGUAUUUUAUUAUUAGUGUUUCAUAUUAUUUUCAAGAUUAAUUAGUAUUACAUUUAACUCCUUCCAUCACUUAUUGAAAUCCAAGAGUUGUGCCUGAAAUAAAGCUUUCUGUCUUUGUUUUAGAUAAAGUUGAAGAUGAAUUGGAAAUGACCACAGUAUGUUACCGGCCAGAAGGACUAGAACAACUUGAGGCACAAACCAAUUUCACAAAGAAGGAACUUCAAGUGCUUUACAGAGGAUUCAAAAACGUAAGAAUGCAAAAGCACUGAUAGUGAAAUGAUCAGCACUUGAGAAUAUACCAUAUUUUUUGCUCUAUAAGACUCACUUUUUCCCUCCUAAAAAGUAAGGGGAAAUGUGCGUGUGUCUUAUGGAGCGAAUGCAGGCUGCGCAGCUAUCCCAGAAGCCAGAACAGCAAGAGGGAUUGCUGCUUUCGCUGCGCAGCGAUCCCUCUUGUUGUUCUGGCUUCUGAGAUUCAGAAUAUUUUUUUUCUUGUUUUCCUCCUCCAAAAACAAGGCGCGUCUUAUGGUCUGGUGCGUCUUAUAGAGCGAAAAAUACGGUAUAUAUUUUUUGUCUUGGUUACAUGAAUACUGCAUACACAUUAAUGUGCUUUAGAGCAGGAGGAAUACUUUUCUAAUGUUUUUCAUGACAUUAUUAUUAUAGUGGUACCUCGGGUUAAGAACUUAAUUCGUUCUGGAGGUCUGUUCUUAACCUGAAACUGUUCUUAAUCUGAAGCACCACUUUAGCUAAGGGGGGCCUCAUGCUGCCACUGCGCCGCCGCUGCACGAUUUCUGUUCUCAUCCUGAAGCAAAGUUCUUAACCUGAGGUAAUAUUUCUGGGUUAGCAGAGUCUGUAACCUGAAGCGUAUGUAACCUGAAGCUUAUGUAACCCGUAGUACCACUGUAUUAUUAUUAUUAUGUUUAGGGAAGCUUUUAAUGUUUAAUAGACUAUUGUAUUUUAAUAUUCUGUUGGAAGCCACCCAGAGUGGCUGGGGAAACCCAGCCAGAUGGGCAAGGUAUAAAUAAUAAAUUAUUAAUAUUAUUAUUAUUAUACCACCCUUUAUCCAAGAACCACAGCACAGUUUACAGUAUAAAAUCACAAAAUACAUAAUUACUCACAAAUUACUUAGCAAAUUUUGUCUGUGGCUUCACUUUCCUAAUGGCUCAAAACUAUUUAUAGUUCCAAACUUCUUUUAUUUCUUAAUGUUCUCACAGUUAAUUGUGACUAAUUAGAAUCUUUGUCAAUAUUAAAUAUAUUGGAUUGGACAUCUAGGUAAUGUUCCUCCUCCCCCCCCCCCCGCCCCCGGUGAUUUAAGAAGUAGGAGCUGCAUAUUCUAUACAGAUUGUUUAGGUCUAUGUCCAACCUUUAAAAGUGCUAAGAGUUUUGCUAUACGGGUUGUGGGUUUGCAGCAGCCAACCAGAAAAACACCUCUUUCAAGCUGCUAUUUGUAUUGGGUGCAGGAGUAAUAGCAGUUUGGGGGCAGAGGCAAUUUUCACUGGGACCAGAGAAGGAAAGGAUUAAACCUCUAUCCCGCAAUACUGCAGCCUCUUGGACCCAUGCUUUCUAGGCAGGGGACAAACAAGUGAAGUGUGAAUGAGCCCUAAGACAUUCUCAGAGGAAAUAAAUUAAAAAAUGGACUUAAGGUAAUUAAGCCCAUUAUUUUCACUGGAUCUAUUCUGAGUAUGACUUGUCCUGGCUUGCCCCUCCAAGGAAGGCACACGCCUAAUAGUUAACUCUUUAUCAACAAAAUAAGCACUUACAGCAGCUCUCACAGUGUUCUGGAUACACACAUGCUUCUAGCUUCUAGGCAGCUGUCCACAGGUCUGGGCCCUACAGAGCAAUUGCAGCAACAGUGGGACCAUGAGCUUAUACAGCAAAUGACUGAUUUACAUAAAAUCUUGCAUGCAUGCACAGCACCAAAUCUGGAAGGUGCUUUUUUUUUUUAUGUCACUAAAAGGGCAGAACAGGUACAGGACAGAACACUUUCUGCGGGCCCACACAGACAUGCACGGAAGCCUGGAAUGCAACCCCUGUGCAAACAGAGGAUUGCUUGUAUGUGACGGAUUGCAUGUAUGCAAUCUAGGACUUCUCCUGCAUGGAAGUCGUUGCUGCUCUUCCCUCAUCAAGUUCCUCCAGGUUCUAGGAGACAGUGGGGCAGGGGAUGGCAGGGAUUCACCUGUCCCCCUCACCUGAUCAGCCUCUUUCUCCACCUGCAGCCCCCCUGUUCAUCCCUGAAAGCUCUACCCCUUCUUCUUCCCCCUGCCCUGGCUCCUGCUUCAUGGGUGGCACUGGACCCCAUAAAUCCCUGUCGCCCUCUCCAGCCCCCUUACCUCCAACACACACUCAUCAGAGCCCUGCCAAUCUCGGACAUUGCUAUCUAAUCACAUAUCUGCCUUAGCACAGAACUCUUGAGAACUGAACUGUCGGAAAUGAAUUAAUAUAACCAGAAACUGAAAACAAAAGACCAGCUCUUUUAUAUACCACUUUUAUUUGAUGAGAAGUAGAUUGAGUUGUGGUCAUCAUGUGACUGAUUAACACAUCCAGAUCCUAAUUUUUCUUACAGUAAGGAUUUGUUUUGCCAUGCUUCAUUUUCCAAAGCUUUCCAGUGGCAAGGUAGAUCCAGAUCUUAAUACAUGGUAAACCAAUAACAUACCCACUCCCACCAAAGUAGUAAUUCAAAUGAUAUAAUUUGUUACCAAAAUGAUUUGACUGCUGUGGCAAAAAUGGGCACUGAUAAAAUUGAUAUUUUUUGAGAACACAUUUCUCUCUAGUUUUUAUGUCGCAUACAGUGCCUCUUCUCUUUGCGUCUUGCUGCAAAGUUAACAAUCUGAUUGAAAGGGUCAUGUACUGCAGGAAUUAUUACUGGGCCUGCUAUCUUUAAUAGGUCAACAGCAUUCAUAUAUGAAAAGAUCAGAGUACAUUAAUAGAUAUCUCUUUGAGAGAUGGAAGUCCCUUUAAAAUGCUCUAUCGUGUGCCUUUCCACUAUUGAAUUGCUGAAUUGAAUUCAAGGCCAUGGGACUUAAAUGAUACAUGCACUGUGCAAUGCCUCUAACUUUGGAUAAACUAAAUCAGUCAUCUGACAUGGGGCUGGAGGGACACAAAGCAUAGAAGCAAAGGAAAACCUAAAACCCUAUACUUCCUUUAAUUAAAAAGAAAGAUCAGAAAAACUUCACAGUAUCUGCCAUUUAUUCAACACUCAAUACCCUCCUAACCAUAAAGCUUAGUGACUGACCUCUUGUCUCACAAACUACUGUUGUGAAUAAAAAACGAGAAGAUGAUGAGGCAUCAUGUAUGCCCCUUGAGCUCCUGGGAAAUAAGGUGGGAUAUAUAUAUGGAAAAGUAAAAUAAGCAAAUCAAGACAUGUGUAGGUGGUGCUUCAAGCAGCUCACGGUCUUAGUUUUGGCAGGAAAGGAAAGGGAGAGAAAAUUGUAAUAAGUGAAGGGGUAGAUAUAUACCUAGUUUGACUUUUUAUCAUGUAGCAGAAUGCUGCUAAAAAAAAUUGGUGUGCACUUUAAUGGAGAUCUGCAGACAAGCCAAGAAAGCCAUGCAGUGUAAUUGUGUUUUGUUUUGUUUUAAAAUUCAUGGUCUGUGUGGGACCAGCCAAGGGCCACAUAGUCAAAAACAGUUCAUUCAAGGAAAACACUGAUUGCUGAGGCCAGAGAACAGGCUCCACUCCAAAAAUCGAAACUGGUGAAAGAGAGAAUAAGCACAUUAAGAGGAGAGUAUGCAAGUCUUUCAUUUUUUUAUUCUCUUGCAAUACAAUUUCUUGAUAAAGGGUUACACACAGGGUUAUCAGCAUCUGGGACAGGGUGUCAAACCAAUAAUGACUAAGACAAAACAAACCCUUGGUCUGGGUUUUCAAAAAAUGCCAAUACAUAGUUUUAAAAAACCUAAGACUUGUGAGCAAAUAACAAACCAUAGCUUUUGGUCAUGGUUGGUAGCAAAUAAAGCAUAAUUACGUUCUAGGCAGGGCUCACACAUAGUGCUAAACUAAAGUUAAUAAACCUUAGUUUAAUAACCAUGAUUUUGCAUUGUGUGCGAACCAGGCCACUUCUUCCUCCACACUUCUCAUGUCGAUCCCUUGUACAAAGUGCAUGAACAACAAAGAAUGGCAAUUUCCAAGUAAAUACUACUGCGUUUGAAGCAGGCAUAGGUAAGAGUGAAUUGGUAAGAGGAACUGGCUUCAAGUUGUUGAGUCCAUUGAAAUAAAUGGGAGGUAUCAAGUAGCCAUUAGUUAUUUCACAAUAAAAGGCAAAAUAAAGGGACAUGUUUUCAUUAUAAGCUUUGAUAUCCCAAUUCUGUGAAUGCUUAAACUAUGGAAUGAUGGAAGAGUACUGGAAUACCCUAAUUAUUUUUUGUGUAUACACUUUUUUAAAAAGUUAUAUUAAUGCAUUGUGUGUUAACCAGACAGAAGAUUCCUCAAAGUCUUCAUAAGCAAGUCUUAAAUAGCUAUGCAGCCUCCAGUAUAAAUCAAACUAAGGGGCAUACCUGCUUCGUUUCACAAGAAAUAAGCCUGGCAAGUCAGCCAUAUUAAGUUAUUCUCCCCUACUAAUGAGGUCUCUUGAGCAUUAUUGGGUCUUAUGAGACAAAAUUGUGAUCAUUUUAGGUACAAAUGAAUUGGAAUUAGCAGAUGCAUCUGAAAGCAGUCCAGUCACAGAAAGCUGAAACUAGAUGAUCAAUGGCCAGAUUGCCUUUUUAUACUGUUCCAGAAGGUUUUGUUCAAAAUAUUUCCAGAGAUCAUAGUGAACUAUAAAAAAUGAUUUUAAAAAUGAUGUAGGGAGAACAUCAAACAUUUUAGUUGUGCAUGCAUGACAGUGAUACUAUCAUAUCAGGAAUGUUGUGGACUAUGGGAUAAAUUCAGCAUAGUGCUAUGGCAAUUUUUAGCUUGGGAUAUGGAACACUACCACCUCUCCUCUUUCUGGGGAAUCUCCUGACACUACCAACCCCAGUCAAUUUCGGCUGCUGGUGCUGCUGGGAGCAGAUAGAAGAAAGCCCUGUUGCACUAGCAGAAGUUCUUUCAUGGGCUUCUGCUAGUGGGGCUAGUUAGUUGAAACCUGUCCUACAUUUCCAACAUCCCUGGUCUUUGUCCAGGUGGCCUGGGGCUGAUGGAAGUACAAGUCCAAAACGUGUGGAGGGUGCCACAUUGGCUACCGCUGCGGUAGGGCCUCUAGUGGCAAAUAUUCCUAUAAAGUCUGCUGAACCAGCAAAAUCUGGGAGGAGCCAGAUCUCAUUAAUUUAAUUAAUCAAUUAACCAGAUCUAAUUAAUAUUAUCGUAACAAGUGAGAAUAUUAAUUAGAACAUGGUAGAACAACUUCAAGCUGCAGACUGUGACAAGAUAACAGAUCAGCAUCUAUCUUUGUUCCAUAAUGGCACAUGCACACACACGGUUUCUGGGCUAUCAAUACAAAGGAAAGAUGACUGGGUCACUUAGGCUGCAGCCCUAUACUCACUUAUCUAGGGCUGAGUCCGAUUGAAUUACUUCUGAUUUUGCUAUCAAUACUGACAUUCUUUUUUCCUGUAUCUGAGGGACAAACACAUGGGACAGAGUUCCAUAAUUAACUGAAAGCUUUGGGGGGGGGGGUGUGGCCAGUGUGGAAGCCUCUAUCCUUGUGGAUGGGGGAGGUGUAAGUGACCCGAUUCUGACCAGGCCUGCAAUUGAGGUAAAUGAUUGUCUCCAUAUCCAUCAUGCUAGAUCAGGAUCAGCCCCUGUGUUGUCUGUAUGUCAAACCUCUCCCUCCAACUCUGCAUAUGUGGGUGGAUCUAUAUGGCUAAUAUUGGGGUUUAAUUUCACCCCAGAUUCUGAAUGGCUAAGUUCCUUUAUUUUUAUAUGUUGGUUCAUAUAUGAUGAACCAGUGAUGUCACAAAAUAAAUAUUCUCUCCUGCUUCUGUUCUGAAAAGUAUUUGUUGAUUUAUUCUGGUUAAGUGUGUCCUUAAGUCUCCCAGGAAAACCAAUGGGACUUAAUGGUGCUUAGCUUUAGUGGGAUUGGGCUCAUUGUCUGCUUGUUCAAAAGCCUCUCUUUCACUCCUCAGCGCUUCAAUUUUUACUAUUGUUAUUGUCAGCACUUGUGGUGCCUCCAAGUGAGGGAUUAACUUUAAUUCUCAUUCAUUCUUUUCAUUCCCUUCUAUUUAAGCAUCUUUUGCCCUAAAGAUAUUUAAAUAUCUGAAAGAUAAAAUGCUGCUUUUGAAUGCUGCUCCCUAGAUAUUCAGGCUUAUAAUAAAAGUUUUCUUUGACUGCAUUAGAGCUCAUCCACCUGGAUGUAGUAGCAAUGGAAUAAGGAUAGCAUAAAAGAAAUGCAAAGAGAAAUGAUAAACGAAAAUAUUCAGGUUUCAUUGGCGGUACUGUUGGUUAGGGCAGGACUUUGGGGCAGAAGCCCAGGCCCACUCAGCAGAAUAAGCAGAAGUGUAAGCAGGGCUGGCUUACCUCAGUUUAAAGUGCAGUACUAUGCAUUACCAUCUAAUGAGGUGGAUCCUUGUAAGACCAUUAAAUCCACAUCUAAAGUACCGUAACCUAACAAUAACAUUGAAUCAGUGGUCAAUUCUGGCACGUAUAUGUGGUACUUUAUCCUGAGUCAGUGAGACUGAUUGCAUUAUGGCACUGAAAGCCCAGCCAUACAGCAUUCUCCCUAGCAUUCCAUCUAGAGAACUGAAUAAACUGGGUCAUAAUUAAUAUUGGCACACCAAUAAGAGAAGAAAAAGCAAGUCACUUUGCUAAAUCAGACCAAGUCCCACCUAGUUCAGCAUUUUUGUUCUAGCAGCCAGUAGAAGAGCAUAAAGGUAACAGUAACCACCUGUUGACUGCACCCAGAAUCCUGUUAACAGAGGCAUGGAGGUAAUUUGGGAGACAUCAAAAUGUACAUUCCAGGAGUAGCCAAUGUAAUGCACUCCAGAUGUUGUUGGACAGCCACUCCCAUCAUCCUUGACCAUUUGCCAUGCUGAAAGGAGUUGACGGGAGUUAACAUAAGAAUGUAAAAAAAUUAAUCUAGUCCAGAGUCCUGUUCUCAGAGUUGUCUGACAAUAUCUGGAGAGAACUGCAUUGGCUACCCCUGGUAUAGUCAGACAGCCCAACUUGCCUUGAUUCUUGAAGUUUUCAUUUGAUGGAAAUCAAAUUGAAGUUUGUUGCCUGAGGUGGGGGGGGGGGUCAAACUCACAGCAGUCUCUACAAUCUUGUGUUUCAUGGACAAAUUAAUUUUUUUCAUCUUCUCCAGAUGAAAAUCUCCAGAUAUUUUCAUCUGCUCCAGAUAUGUGCAGUAGAGUGAAUUAUGUAAUGAACCCCCUUCCACUUAAUUUUUUAGUGUCUGGUAACCACAAAAGUCAUUGCUUAUUGAUAGAAGGCAGGGGACAGGACUGAUUGAAAGUACCACAAGAGAUUGCUUGGGUGCUAACAUACAUCCUGUACAGAACGUGCACAGAGGUACAGUAUAAGGAUAUGAAUGCUGUGUCUGGGAACAGGCAGAAUUGCAAAUGAAAUCUUAACUGUUUUUUACUCAUUUUUUCUCUCCAACAGGAAUGUCCUAGUGGAGCUGUUAAUGAAGAGACGUUCAAACAGAUCUAUGCACAGUUUUUCCCACAUGGGGGUGAGUGGAGAGCAUUCCAUCUAUGAAGUGUAGCUCAAAUUUCAGAAAUGAUGAGUCACACAAAAAUGAUGCACAUCAGCUUAAGAAAAUUGAUCUCCCUAUAGAGGGGUUGGAAUGCAGGGCUGACAGGCACCUCCAGUACAUUAAAGUAUUGAACCAAAACUGACUCCGCAUGUGAUUUUAAAAUGCUCAUGAUAUGGUUGUUGUAUAAUUUUGCAUAUCAUUUUGGAUAAUGUCAGAAUACUUGCAUGUAUGACUGCAGUUUGCAUAUGCUUAUAAAAAUAAUUUAAUUAGAAUCAGAAGUGUCUAUCUCAGAGAUUUUGGAGAGGAUAGUUGUAAAGGGUUUGUGAAUAGUUUUGUGAGCCUUGAUUGGCUAUGGUCAGCCAUAUGCAUUGGAAACAUUUUUCUCUCUCUCAAAUUGGCUUCAUAUUCUGUUUAGUGACUGAAACAUAAACAAAGAGCCAAAUCUGGCCAAAUCUGAUCUCUAACUGGCUGGCAUUACGUGGGAAAUAAUGAAAUAGUGUGUGGGGGAAAGAUAGCAGAAGCAGCAGCAAAGGGAGAAGAGGCUGUGAACAGUAGUGAGCAGGUAUGAGAAAGGUAGGAUUUAAGAGGUUGGGUGUGUCCCCUCUCAAAUCACUACUUUCAAGUUGAAAAAUUAACCAGGAGAACAUUCAGCUCAGCUGUACAUAUGCUUAUUUAAAUUUCUUUAACAAUACAUCCUCUUACUGUGUUUUAUUUCAGAUGCUAGUAUGUAUGCCCAUUAUCUCUUUAAUGCAUUUGAUACAGCACAGACUGGAUCUGUGAAAUUUGAGGUAACGGAAUAAUAGUUUGUUCUGAUUAUUAUUGUCUAUCAUCUUACCGGACAUCAUAGUUUCCAAACCUUAUCUUUUCCUUGUCUCUGAAGAAAAGUGUUGUAGGCCUGGCAGCUUGUACUUAAUGUAACCAACAGAAAUUGAUCCAGUACAUGUUGUCUUCUCAUUCUUGAUACAGCCCAUCCCCAUGCAAGCCCCAUGGAAGUGAAAAGGUUGGCACCAAAGAUAUGGGGUAAUAUGGUUGAAAGAUCCUGGAAGCAAAAUUUAGGUUGCUAGGUAGCAUGUUGAAAGCCAGAACCUAGAAGGUAGCUUUCUCUAUCACAAAUUUGUAGUUUCAAUGUGUUGAUGAGACAGUGUCAGGUAGCAGGUUUUGGAUUUGUUAAGCACUGGGGGAAAUCUGGGAUAAGCUGGGCGUAUGCAAAAAGGACAGACUCCACUUGAACCAGAAUGAAACCAGACUGUUGGUGCUUAAAAUAAAAAGGUAGCAGGACAACUUUUAAACAUACUGUUGGGGGAAAGCGGACAGGUGCUGAGAAGAGUCCACUUUGGAACAAAACUCUUCCCUGGAAUGAAGAUAAGAAAAAUGAUUAAAAUGUAUGUGGGGGAGGUAUGGAACUAGGCACUGAGACUUGGCUGGUAGGCAGAAUCAUCAAGUCACAUUGCUGUAUCCUUAGGAUUAAUGAAGGGAUGGUUAAUGGUGUAAAUAAAUGUUAUUGCAGAGAAGGGAAUGUUAUAAUAAGGCAACAUAUUAUAAGACACACACUUCUAUACAGAGACUUGGAGAAAACUUUCUGCCCCAAUUAAAAUAUAUUUGUAUUUUUCUGUCAAAAGGAUUUUGUGAUGGCACUAUCCAUUCUGUUGAGAGGAACAGUUCACGAAAAGCUACGAUGGACAUUUAAUCUGUAUGACAUAAAUAAAGAUGGCUAUAUAAACAAGGAGGUGAGUCAGUGGCACCUAUUCAGCUUUUUAAAGGAAAUGAAAAUGGAGGGUUGGAAAAUGCUGUUCAGCUGCUCAUCUUAAAACAUACGUAUUUUUCGCUCUAUAAGACGCACCAGACCACAAGACUGUUUUUGGAGGAGGAAAACAAGAAAAAAAAUAUUCUGAAUCUCAGAAGCCAGAACAGCAAGAGGGAUCGCUGCGCAGUGAAAGCAGCAAUUCCUCUUGCUGUUCUGGCUUCUGGGAUAGCUGCGCAGCCUGCAUUCGCUCCAUAAGACGCACACACAUUUCCCCUUACUUUUUAGGAGGGAAAAAGUGAGCCUUAUAGAGCAAAAAAUACAGUAAUUCAACCUUGGCACGACAGACUGAAAACACCCCAGCCCAGGUCAGCAUGUGCCAAAGCCAACUCACACUCAUACAUCUUAUUUAAAGGAAAAAAUAAUUAUGAGUUGGCUUUUGAUACAUGUUAAAUAAUAGGUAUUUUCUAUGAUUUUAUUAUUUUUUUAAAAAUCUACCUGGACCCUCACCCUAGACCCCAGGAGUUACAACAAAUUCAAUUAUAAUAUAUAACUCUCUAGGUAAAACUGAAGCACUUUAAUUUUGGGUGAAUCUCAAAGAGAACACAUCUAUAUGACAUUAGCAAACUAACAGGAGGAAUAAGAAAGCAGGAAGUAAUGCAAUUGUUGGACAUACCGUGCCAGAGACAAGACUUUGAGAGAACAAAAUGUCUGACUUAGAUCUCGCCAACCAGUUUCCUUGGAAGAAGAUGAAAGCAGGGAACAAGUUCACAACACAUUUGUGGCCACAGUAAUAAUGAGUCUCACAGAUAAAUUAACAGCACAUGGAACACCAUAUGCCAACUUGGCCAUUUUAGUCCUUAACGACUUCGCCGAUUUCAUGGCAACAACCUCCCUCAAUAUGUUCAACAAAUUACAUGAACUAAUUAUCUCUUUUGAGCCACAAGCUGUGCCAGGAAGUGUUUGUGUUUCUUUGAAAUGGAACAGUCUAAGGUUCAUAAGGCUUGCUACAUACAUCAAAGAAGCCAGAUACCUUAGUCGAAUUUGAUCAUGGUGGUGAAUGAGACAUCAGCAAUCUGCAAGAGCAGCCUAGAAAAUUGUGUUUCCUUUACAAAAUCAGUCAAAGCCAGACCCCUCUACUCAAAUGCUAGUGUAGAUUCUUGCUUAAUGUAUGUAAUAUACUGCAUUCAAAUCGAACUAUUCAAGAGAUUAUCUAGCCAUCUCUAUUUAAACAAUAGAAACAAACAAUUACAAUCAGAUUCAGGUAGGUAGUCAUGUUGGUCUGACACAGUCAAAAUAAAAAAAAACCAAAUGGUCCAGUAGCACCUUAUAGACCAACUAAGUUUAUAAGGUCUACUGGACCAUUUUUAUUUUUAUUUCAAUUACAAUCGGAUUCAAGGAGGUACACAGUCAUGGCCACCACAGUAGCCAAUGGUAAAAUGCAUGAAGAUAAUUUGGUAAAUUAAGCCAGCUUGUCUUUAGUAUUACAUUAGAAAAGACUGGUGGAAAAGCACACUUUACAGUCAUUAAAAAGUAAUGUGUGUAUACAAGAAACUGCAGAGAUAGAUAGACAGAUAGAUAAGCAGUCAGGGAGAGGGGUGUUCAUUAGCCUAAUUUCACUUUAUACAGAGGUCCACAAAUGGAAACUACUUUUUUAAACCUAUUGAAACUCUCAGAUAUAUUCACCAGGUCUACCAGAUGGCAUUUGCAGAGCAAAUUUGCUCCCAGGUUAAUAAUAAUAAUAAAAAUCCAUAGAAUGCAUAGCUACCAAGCAUAAUUUUUUCCUUGAGGGUGGUUAAGGAGUGGAAAACUCUGUGUAUUUUAGAUUUCAGAAUAUGUUAUAUUCAUAGGUAUUUAGAUCUAAAGCACAGCAACACUAUUCCUUUGUGUGUGGGCUUUCAAAAAAAACACAGAAUAAGGGUGAUGCCCACAAACUAGCUGCAUUCUCUUUGUUGAAGGUUAAUACUAGAAAUGUUAGUGAGUCAACUCAUUGCCAGAGCCCUGUUUGAUGUCUCCCUUGUGCUUUGAUUGUCACAAUUCCAGGAAAUGAUGGAUAUAGUAAAGGCAAUUUAUGAUAUGAUGGGCAAAUACACCUACCCAGUGCUGAAAGAUGACGCUCCAAGGCAGCACGUAGAAGUUUUUUUCCAGGUAAAUUUCCAUUUGUUAGUGCACAUAUAUCUCCCUUAUGUUUGAACUCAUACCUACUAUAUUUUCAGUCAUUUUGUGUCUGGGCAGUGGAAUCUGUUUAAAUCUGCAAAACCACAUAGAUGUAUAUGAAUCCUAUCAGUGCUAUAUUAUACUGCACUUUGUAAAUGCAGUAGUGCUAUGAACUCAAAGAGUUUGUAUUUUUCUGUAUUGCAGAAAAUGGAUAAAAAUAAGGAUGGUGUCGUUACUCUGGAUGAGUUUAUUGAGUCAUGUCAGGAGGUAAGACUUCCUUUCAUAGUAAAGCUAACCAAGAGAUUGUCUCAUGCCAGAAAGCUCAGAUUUCACUUCACCCAAAAGCUGAGAGCUCCAGGACAUCAGGUUUUGAUUGGGCCAUUAUGGCUGAACUUCCUUAUGAAGUUCAGGAUUCUUUGCUGCACUUCACCACUGGUAGAAAGAACAGGGAAGACACAGUGCACAUAUUGCAUACAAUGGGGCUGCACAUACAGUUGCAGUUUGGAGAUAAAGGGAUUGUGUACAUGUGCACAGAGAACACCAUAUAUCUGUAUUAUCCGGAUAUGUCCAAGUCAUGUUCUCAACUGUCUGUGCAACUGAGAGUACAAUCUUAUGCAUACUUAGAAAAAGGUCUAGUGGGAUUUAUCCCCUUGUGGGUGUAUUUAUUAUUUCACACUAAGAGUAGCAAGGCUCUCUUACCCAUUCUGUAGACCUUCACUUAUUGCACACAUUCUCCAUGUGUUAGGAUGAUAUACAGGUAGAGAUUGAGAUAGCUAUAGCUAUAUAUUUACUAACCUAGAAGUGAGAAACAACUCCCCAAAUUUCCAUCUCUCUGCUCAUCUGAAAUCACAAUUUCCAGAUGAUUCCUGAAAGCAGUAGCUGCUGCAUUUUAGUUUCUAUAUGAAGAAAAGACUGCAACCAUGGCAAAACUAAAAGUUGGUGGAAGGUUCCAAUGCAAAACAAGGCAUGAUACCUUAUACUCUCAAAAAUGGAAAUGGUGUGAAUGGAAUUGCCUCAGCAUUCCUGAGGGCUCAUCCACAAUUAGCUUGUCCCAUGCCUAGAAAGCCCUAAGUGUAACCUGAAACCUGCACAGCACUCAUGAGAUCCUAAUCUAACUGAGUCUGUAACUGUUUCCUUUUAACAAUCUAUCUCAAGCAUUUAUGGCUUUUGACACCAGGCUUUACCCGACCUGCACUUCACUGAAUUCUUUGCUCAGUGAAGAAUUAUGUAGAACCUGAAGGCUUGUUCACACACACUGUGACAUUUUGAUUUGUGCUAGUAAAGAGGUUGCUAUGGAUUUUGAACCGUUCUGUACGGAAGCUACUCAUGCAAAGUACAGCAAAUCAAUCGGAACCCCAGUGUUUGACCCCAAAAUGGUUUUAAAAUAGGUAUAAGUUGGAACUAGUGGCAGCUGCCUAGAUAUCUUCUGUACUGAAGAUUGUAUUUGUGCAAACUGGGGGGUGAACUAGAAAAAGUAGCUUAUGUGGUUCUUAUGUCUCUGAAAUUUUGAAAAUAUAAGUAUUUUUGUAAGCUCAAGAUAAACAUGAAAUAAAUGAACACAUGGCUUUAAGAAAGAGGAUUAAAAUUAGACAUCUGGAAUACCAUCCAGCUCCACUGAAACUAAUUGACUUUAGUGGAAUAUUGAUUGCUCCCCUGCUCCCCUGUUCUUUAAUUCAACAUUACACAUAGAUGUAAUGGGAAGUGCCACAGGGAAGGUAAACUAUAGGAGGGCCAUAUCUCAGUGGUACAGCAUCUGCUUUGCAUGCAAAAGGUCCCUAGUUCAAUCCCCGGCAUUUGCAGGUAGACCAGAGAAUGUCCACUGCCUAAAACUCUAGAGAGCCACUGAGACCCACUCCAUACUCUGCAGUUAGUUUGCUUGUGGAUUCUAUUUUAUAUUACUAUAUUAAUUGGAUAUGCAUAUUUGGAUCACCAUGGUCACAGUAGGUUAAUGUCAUUUGGAAUAAUAUGGCAUAAUAAUAUGCUUAUUAAUUAAGAAGUCUUCAGUAGGAGAGAAGGUACCUCAUCUUGGAAAGGGAAUGAGAGCAGUCAAUCCUAAUUGACUCUUUAUGUACUAAUGAAGUCUCUCACAGGUCAAAGCAAAGUUCUCAUGCUGGCAUUUGUGUCUGCAUUGCAGCCCAAGUUGUUUAUAGUGUAUCACAGUCCAGAAGCAGGGCCUUGAAUGGAAAAAAACAACAACAACAGACGGCUGGCAGUAUAUAGCACUGGGAGAUAUGCAAGUUUGCAUAAAAACAUGUAUAAAAUAGGAGAAAAUGCAUAGCAUUCAGAGCUAUUUCAUAUGGAAAUUGGUUUUGGCCAUAGACACUGGUACAUUUGCACUCAUUUAAACAUGUUUCUAUUAUUUUCCAGGGACUUACCGUAUUUUUCGUCCUAUAGGACGCACUUUUUCCCCUCCAAAAAUGAAGGCGAAAUCUGUGUGCGUCCUAUGGGGCGAAUACAGGCUUUCGCUGAAGCUUGGAGACGAGAGGGGUCGGUGCGCACCGACCCCUCUCGCUCUCCAGGCUUCAGGAAGCUAUCAGCAAGCCUGGGGAGCCCGCGGGAGUUCCCGCAGGGCUCACCACACUGCGGAUAGCAGCCUGCCGCCCGGCGCGCGGGGCGCCCUGAAGCAGAGCGCCCCUCGCGCCGGGCAGACAUCCGCAGCGUCGGGAGCCCUGCGGGAGUUCCCGCAGGGAUCCCCACGCUGCGGAUAGCAGCCUGUCGCCCAGCGCGUGGGGUGCCCUGAAGCAGAGCGCCCAGCGCGCCGGGCAGACAUCGGCCAGCCCCACAAGCUCGGGGGACAGCCGGGAGGCGCAGCGCCGCCAUACCGCUGUUCCUCGACCUGGUUUUGGGGGGGAAAUAAAGGGAAAAAAUAUUUCCUUUAUUUCCCCCCCAAAAAACUAGGUGCGUCCUAUGGGACGGAGCGUCCUAUGGGACAAAAAAUACGGUAACUAUGCAUUUACAGUACAAGGCCAUUUCUCUGACCUAAACUUCAGUUGAAUCGUUGGGGUGGGGAGGCAUUCCCAAGUCACCAGAAUGGUAUUCCACAGUCCCAUCUCUCUCCACCCAGGCAAGCAAGGGGCUUUAUUACAGUUCAAAGGAACAUUCCAUCCAAGCCAAAGAACUGCAGUGGUGUGUAAACAGUUGUGUGGCCUAAGGGGAGGUGUUGGCUGGAGAGAAUCCUGAAGAUCAUACAGGGAGGGCUGGAGGGCCAUAUUUGCUCCCCCCCCCCCAACUUGAAGUUCCUCACCCUGGUAUAUAAUAUAUAUUUAAAUGUAAAGGCAGCAACUUCAAGUCAAGCAAUGGCGCAGGUCUAUACAUAGAUUUUAGUUCAACAAACUGAUUCAUAUAUAUUUACAGUAAGUAUAUGAAAUGGGAAAUGGCAUUUAGCUUAUAGUUUGAUGAAAUGAACUUGAUUAAUUGCAAAUGAUGAUUUAAAUGACUAGGAUCCAGUUGACACUUUAGAUUCUAUGCAAAUUUGGGAUAAUUGUGCAACCUCAAGGCUUACUGCCUUGUUCCAUUGCUGCUUGCAGGCCACAACAUGGACUCGUCCAUAGUCAACUUAAGGUUUAUUUAUGGAUCUUCGGGGGGAAAGCCAUCUCUACCGGUCCUCCAGGCCUGGCAGAGCUGUUUGUGUAUGCAAUAUAAAUAUGCAUGGUUUAUUUUCUCAUUGCUUUCAGGAUGACAAUAUCAUGAGAUCCUUACAGCUUUUUGAAAAUGUCAUGUAA